AUGCCAACAUCCUCUUCAGGCCUCUCUUUAAUAACACACUUCUCCUAUGGUAAGACAAUCUUCUAUAUUCCACAUUCACGGCAAUGCACAGUUCUGCAGACUGCAGCCGCCUCUGCUCUCUCUGGGACGAAGCAGCGCUAUCCUUUAUGGGCAUGAUGUGUGUGCGCACCUCCCACAGAGCCUCUUCUGCCACAGCCUUUAAUGCAGGACAAAAGGAUAAUGUUAAAAAUCCCCCCUGCCAUCAUAAAUAUAGGUGGGAAAGAUUGGAUCUGAAUGAAACAGGAAUCCACAUCGUUUUUGUUGAAAGGUUAGGGAGAGACAUCUGUGAGCAGGAUCAAAUAGGAAUUUAGCAGCUUGUUUGUCGGCGCCAAAUGUUAGAGCGUUUGUUUAAUUAUGACAUUUCUAUUCUGUCUUCUCUUCUCCCACCCUUUUCUCUUCACAACAAUCCUGUGAGGUAGCUUAGGCUGAGAGAAGGUGAUGGGCCCAAGGCGAGACUGUGAGCUUUGUGGUGGCAGACUGAAGAUUUGAACCUGUCCUCAUCGGUCACUCUAACCAUUACUCAGUUUUAACCAAAGUUCUGUCCUCUUGCAGAAAAUCUGACAUAUAUAACAAAUUAAUCAAGACACAGCCUGCACUUGUUUUUAGCAGAGACACCCAGUUCUGGGACAUAUGAAAUAACCAGAAAGCAAAGUGUGCCUUGGAGCAUGUACAAAGUGCAUUUCUCGCACAGCAGAGCAGGGCCACAAACCACAGCAUAGGUGGGUAAAUAAAUUCAUCUCAGUCAAUAUUCUCUCUCUCUCUCUCUCUCUCUCUCUCUCUCUCUCUCACACACACACACACACACACACCCUUCUCUUUGUCUCUCUCAAGCCCACCCGCUUUUCUCUCUCAUUGCGUUGCAGCCAUUAUUACCCCGAAUGCUCUGUCUUCUUUUCUUCUAGGGCUAGAAGAAGCGAUAAGGGACGGGUCAGCCACGCUUGUCUGCUCCACAGAACUAUAAAUAUCCGGACACAUGGUAAGGGUGCAGACAGGGCAGGGAAGGGGGUGGGGGUGGGAGAGAGCCAUUGAAUAGCCAAUCCUUGCUGCAUACUAAGAAAGUACAGUUGUGGGGAGAAAGCAAAGCAGCUGUGGAGGGAGGAAGUUGGCAGCCCAUUUGAGAACCAAAUAGAAUACCAGACCCAGUCCCAAAUUGCAAGCAGACAUGUCUGGGGAAGACAGAGUUAAUUGGGAGAGAGACCUGGGAAAGGGCUGGCUGAAUCAAUAGAUCACACAAACACACAAAACUUAUUUACCUAAGCUCUCCCCCUUUCCUCUUUAAUCUUAAUACUUACAAUUUUGAUAUGUUUCUGUGUCAUACCAUUUCCUAAUUGCUUACAUAGGGUGAUAUCUCAGCUCUGUAAAAAAAUACCUGUAAAAGCGUAUUCAAAUCACUUUCUUUCCCUCAAAGAAUUAUGGGCCUUGUAGUUUACCUCUCACAGAGUUACAAUUCCCAGCAGCCCUUAACAAACUACCGAGCCCAGAAUUCUUCGAGGGAAAGAAUGGGCUGUAUAUGCAGCCUAAGUCCUACUCAGAAUAGUACACCCACUGAAACCAAUAGACAAAUCAGAUAAAAGUGUAGUUGUUCACCACAAGGAGUUAUGGGUGAUCUUCAAUUAUAGUCAUCUCAGAAAUCAGCAGACUGAAUCAAUGGACUCUACUCUCUGAACAAGACUAAGAUUGAAUAUCACCCAUAAUUCUUUGGGUGCAUUAUUAUCUUUUUUAAAGGAUUAUAGUUAGUUAAAGUUAGUUAGUUAUACACCAGUUUUCCCCCUCACGGGACUCAAUGUAGUUUACAGCUAAAAAUAGGAACUGCUAAAAAUAUAGAAGAAACAAUCAUUUAAGAACAAUUAAACACUGAAUUAUAAACAAUUAAACACUAGAAUUAUAUAUAUAUUCUAUUAAAGCCACACCAGUAAUUUCAAUAAAAACACUGGAGUCAGAUGGGCAGAUUAUCUGCCCAUCUGAAUGGGGUGUUGUUGUUGCUGUUAAUAUUUAUUACUAUAAAUGUUGUUGUUGUUAAUAUUUAUUACUAUAUUUGUUGUUGUUGUCACUGCUUUUUUUCUGGGGGCACGCAGGGGUGUGCCUACCCCUAAACAUUUUGUGAAUCUAAGUUUGGCCUGAUUGAGGGGCAGUAUUUCAAUAUGAGUGGGAAAAUGAGAGUACCCCUAAACAUUUUUUAAAGAAAAAAGCACUGGUGGUUGUUAUUUUAAGGUACCCAUCUCCUGGGGCUCGGUCUGAAACAGGUUCAACAUAUCUUAACCUCUCACAACCUGUCUUUGGUGCCUUUCUUUCCUCCGAAGUGCUAUUUGCUACCACAUCAGCCUCUGGGAGUUAUAGUACACUACUGUACUGUGUACAUACUGGGAAAAGAAAACCAUGAGCCUCUUUGUUCCGGCACCAGGGGGCGCUGUUUUAUCACAUGUGCACGGAACAGGUUUUCUCUUGCGCAAUCCCCAUAGAAAUGAAUGAGCCGGUGCUCCAGAAUGCAGAGUCGAUGCAAUCUCCUGUUCCUUUCAGAAGGGCUUGCGCAAAAAUAGGCCCAGUGGUAGACUGUGCUAAUUCUUUCUCGUUCUUAUCUGUUCAGCCUCAUCUCUGCUGCUGGACACCUCUUGGGUACUUGGUAGGAGGGACUGACUCUCUUGAAUGGUUUGGGUGGGAGGGCGGGCUCUUCUACUUUUAUAGCUAUUUAUAUAUUUCUUUAUUUAAACAUUUAUAUCCUGCCUUUCUAAAACAAGCACACACAACAGACACAAUGGUUCUUAUCUAGCUGGCAAUCUUUCCAAAACCAGAGGCGAUUCAAAGAGACGCAUUCAAAGCUGCUGUGCUAGCUUCCUAUGUGUUAUCAGCGCUGCAGAAGAGAUUUUAGCCGGUUUGACUGUUCAGUGGUACCUCGGGUUACAUACGCUUCAGGUUACAUACGCUUCAGGUUACAUACGCUUCAGGUUACAGACUCCGCUAACCCAGAAAUAGUGCUUCAGGUUAAGAACAGUUUCAGGUUAAGAACGGACCUCAGGAACAAAUUAAGUACUUAACCUGAGGUACCACUGUAUGCUGAUACAUGGUCAAUCCACAUGACGUUUGGGACUAUGGUUCAUAUGUGCACAUGCCGUAUUUCACUUUGUAAUUGAACUGCAAGUUCCAGGUGGCUGUGAUUACACUACGUGGUCAAAUCCAAAGGCCCUUUGCAGUUUGUCCACCUGAUUUAACUGCUAGAUGAUGAUGAUGAUAAUAAUAAUAAUAAUAAUAAUAUUUAUACCCCGCCCAUCUGGCUGGGUUUCCCCAGCCACUCUGGGCACCUUCCAACAAAAGAUUAAAAAUACAUUAAAACAUCAGUCAUUAAAAAAUUCCCUAAACAGAUGUCUUCUAAACGUCAGAUAGUUGUUUAUUUCUUUGGCAUCUGAUGGGAGGGCGUUCCACAGGGUGGGCGCCACUACCAAGAAGGCCCUCUGCCUGGUUUCCUGUAACCUCACUUCUCACAGGGAGGGAACUGCCAGAAGGCCCUCAGAGCUAGACUUCAGUGUCCGGGCUGAACGAUGGGGGUGGAGACUCUCCUUCAGGUAUACUGGGCUGAGGCCGUUUAGGGCUUUAAAGGUCAGCACCAAGUCUUUGAAUUGUGCUCGGAAACGUACUGGGAGCCAAUGUAGGUCUUUCAAGAUCGGUGUUACGUGGUCUCGGCGGCCGCUGCCAGUCACCAGUCUAGCUGCCGCAUUCUGGAUGAAGAAUUCUUUGUAACUUCCAGCUGACAGCGAACUGCUCCGCAAACAAUUUUUCUUUUUAAGAACAAUUUUAUUGUAAGUUUUAAAACUACAUUAACCAGUAAAAUUCAAACUCAUUUAUAAGAAAAGACAAACCACAACUGCACAGAAAAGAAAAAGAGAAAGAAAUAAUAGCGAAAGGAUAACUAAGAAGAUCCUUUAUCACAUUUAUAUUGUGCAUAACAUAUCAUUUAUCCACACACAGAAAGCCAGACUCCACCAGCUCCACCAAUAAUUCUGUGUGACAUAAAAAAAGUGGCAUCCUUCUAUCUAGAGUAGCAGGUCUUGGGCAUUUUUUAAAGCUGUGUCUCACCAUCUUUCUUAAGCCAUGCUGAGCACAUGCACCUAUUUGGGUUCCGAUGAAGUUUCCGCUUUCCAUUUUUUGCUCAUGAGCUUUGCAGGUGGCAAGAAUCUGCCUUGAGCGUCACACAGAUAAAUAUAGCGUCGCACACAUUUAAGUGCAUCAUCGCUGUGGAUGGAGGACUUUGUUGAGUCACUUCUACCUCUAAAAGUAGUCCGGGGAACCUUUCCUUUAGGCCCUGCCCCAGAUAACCUCAUUUACUGCGAUUCCCUUCGCUGCCUCCUGUGGAGUUUUUGCUGUGUCACACAGGCAACCUGACCCAGGCCUAGAAAUCAGGAGUGGAGCCACACACCUUUAUCCCACAAGGGGGCAGAGUAGCUUUGGCAAGACAGACCGCGGCAAGAGCUGUGGGCUUCGAUAAUCACAGCGCUGUGUAGAAAGCUGAAAGUUGAACUCCCUUAUGGCUCCGUCUAGCUCAGUAUUGUCUACAGUGAUGGACAGCAGCUCUCAAAAGUUUCACAGUCUUAUGUGGAGAUGCCUGCUAUUGAUUGUGGGACCUCCUGAAUGCAAAUGAGGUGCUCUACCCCUGAGCUACAACAUACCCUCCAACAUCUCUCCAAUGAAAGUAGGUAAAGGUACCCCUGACCGUUAGGUCCAGUCGUGAACGACUCUGGGGUUGCGGCGCUCAUCUCGCUUUACUGGCUGAGGGAGCUGGCGUUUGUCCGCAGACAGCUUCUGGGUCAUGUGGCCAGCAUGACUAAGCCGCUUCUGGCAAACCAGAGCAGUGUACGGAAAUGCCGUUCACCUUCCCGCCGGAGUGGUACCUAUUUAUUUACUUGCACUUUGACACGCUUUCAAACUGCGAGGUGGGCAGGAGCAGGGACUGAGCAACGGGAGCUCACCCCAUCGCAGGGAUUCGAACCGCCGAUCAGCAAGCCCAAGGCUCUGUGGUUUAGAUCACAGCGCCACCCGUGUUCCCAGUGAAAAUAGGGAUAUCCUAUUUCAUGGGUAUGCAAACUAAGGCCCGGGGGCCGGAUCCGGCCCAAUCGCCUUCUAAAUCCGGCCCGUGGAUGGUCCGGGAAUCUGCGUGUUUUUACAUGAGUAGAAUGUGUCAUUUUAUUUAAAGUGCAUUUCUGGGUUGUUUGUGGGGCCUAGCUGGUGUUUUUACAUGAGCAGCAUGUGUGCUUUUAUUUAAAAUGCAUCUCUGGGUUAUUUGUGGGGCAUAGGAAUUUGUUCAUUAUUUCCCCCCCAAAAUAUAGUCCAGCCCCCCCCCCCAAGGUCUGAAAAAGUUUGCUGACACCUGUGACCUAUUCCAUAACAAAUUGUUAUUAUAUUUAUACCCUGCCCACCUGACUGGGUUGCCCCAGCCACUCUGAGCGGCUUCCAAUAUACAAAAACGUAAUAAAAUAUUGAAGAACUUCCCUAUACUGGGCUGCCUUCAGAUGUCUUCUAAAGGUUGUAUCUCCUUAUCUCCUUGGCUCAUAACUCUACACCCUCUGACGUUUCAGGGACAUCCGAAGGAGAAGUGGGACAUUCCAGGAUCAAAUCAGAAACUGGGAAGGCUUCUGUAAAUCCAGGACUGGAUAAUAGGGACACCUGGAAGGUCUGCUACAACGGCCUUUCCCUGCAAACUGGGUUAGGUGUGAGGAGGCCUGUUCACACUGCCAUUUUUGCAGUGCAUGAUGUCCUCAGCAAAUUUAUCUCAAAUGGACGCGCACUGUAGUGUGCUGAAAGUGAGAUCCUACAUGUGCUGGCAGAUGUGGCUGCUAUGCGCUCCCCUGGUUAUUUGAAUUAAGCUCUGAGCAAGGGGUUAAUGCAGCGAAAUGUCAUGGAUCCGAGUUGCUGAGGAUAUAUUUCAGUGCCGGAUUGAAAUGGGUCCAGCUUUGUCCAGACUUCGUUAUACUUCAAAAUGCACCACCGCACCAGUGCCCAGAAAUAAUGUGCACUGGCUUGAAUGGGACUUACUCCCAGCAACCUGUGUAUAGGAUUGUUGCUGGGGAACAGAGCAAUCCCAAGCCCUGACUGGGAACGGAAACACAACAACCACUGCCAUCAAAAGUCUUGCUAGCGCAGGAUGACCAGGACAAAAAAGAGGGUGUUGUGUUUUUCUAAUUUUCUGCUAUGCCGGCUCCAAGCUAGAAGAAGCUGAGAGGCCUGAGAUGGUCCCCUCUCCAGGGAUGAAGCACCUUAGGAUCCAGCGGAUACAUGGCUGGCUAUGCUCCACCCCAUAACAUCUAGUUUCACAGCCUUCCACUAGCCAACACCAGUGGGAAUGUCGGUGGAGGGGCUCCCUGACCCUAGCUGUCAACUUUCAGAUUUGAAAAUAAGGGAUCAGCAGCGUCGAAAAUAAGGGAUCAGCAGCCUCACCUGUCCAGGGGACCGUCUACGGGAUAUCUAACAAUCCAGGAUAGCAGCGGGAAACGGCACUGAAUUAAGGGAAUUUCCUGCAAAAAAAAGGGAAGGUUGACAGCUAUGUCCCUAACCCUGGCCCAGAGGCUGAUACAACCCAGAGCAUGGGCGCAUCUGUUACAUCCUAAAUCCACCCAACAGCAAGGAUCAGGGUGUUAAGUUUGCAUCUUAAACUCUACUUAUUACUGGAAUUUGGUUUUUAAAAAGUUUCCAAACCGCCCUUCGCCCAGUGGAUUCCAGGGCAGUAUACGAAAAGCUUUAAAAAAGGGGAUUCAUAUAAAAUACAAUUAAAGAACAUUUUUUGGAACUAAGAGGCAGCAAAAGCUAUAAAUAUGUUUAUUAUAUAUUUAUUAUUUAGCACAGUAAUUAUGAGGACCAAAAAGAAAAACAACACAGCCUACUUUAAUCAUCAUCAGCUAAGAUAAUUGUGCUAAACGCAGAAACAAGUUAGUUCACUGUUAACUGUCAGACAGCGAAAUUAACUUUAAUCCUUUAAACGUUUCAGCAAUGUCAGGGAAAGUUUCUGUAAACGCAAACUAUUCGUGGAACUACUGUUCUUUGUCACAUUUAUACUGAAACACCAGGAUCAGCCUAUAAUUUUGUAAAACAUGUGAAAUUGUAACAGAAAUCAAGCAAGCAACUAUGAAAAAAGGCAGUUGCACACCAUUCUUUAAGUAUCAUCACUUCAUGGGAUACUGGGCUGUGGUAAUUUCCAGACGACCGGUUUUUCCACGUUCAUCUUAAUUUGGACAAUUUGCAGAGGUUUUGUUCCCUUAAACGUUGAUAGAAUUAAAACGAUAUACAUGCAUACAUACAUAAGCACUCACACAGUAUUAAAUCCCUCCAGACAUGCAUCGGGCACCCCUUCUGCAGAGAGACACUUACAGGAAGCCCUUAAGCAUUAUUACUAAUUUAUUACUUGGCAGCGCAAGUUUUCUGAGUACAGAGUUUGGGAGUCCCUAGUUUUGCGGGUGAAGGAGAGAAACUGCAGAGGAGAAAAUGCGUGACCCUUGGGGGGGAGAGAGGUUUUGGGGGAAAGCUGGGGGGGUCCUAGCUUCUGACGUAAUCCCAAUCCCCCUCCCAGCAGACAAUAGACCCCAUUCAUCCUUCUUCCUCGCCCCCCGCCCCUCUCACGAUCUGUUCACACACAAAGAAACCCAUUCAGCGCCCAAGAGGGCCCAGCCGCUCUCCUGCCUCUGGUUGGUGGAUUCCCCUGUCACUCAUUCUAUUCCCCCACCCGAAAGGGGUGUGUCGCUGCCCCCUUUCAGCCUAUCUUUGUCUCGCUGUCAGAUUUUCCCCCCCUCCCCGCCACCAGCGGCGCCGCUGCCACUCCCUCUUUUUUGCGAUUGGCCGCGGUGGGCGUGGCCACGACACCGGGACUCCGCCCCCCCGCCCGGGGCUGCUCAGUUGCGGUUGGGCCUUGGAGGUGUCAACAUCUCUCUCUCGCUCCUAUCUGCUAAGGUACAGUGCAGCCUUGUCCAGGGCCCUCUUCUUCCCUCUGCGCUGCCCUUCUCUCCUUGGUCGAGUCUCUCUGUCUCAUUGACGGCGGCUGGCAAGGGGCUCUGCCAAGGUCUGGGGAGUGGGAGGGGCAAGGGGGUCCGCGUGCCUGUGCAUUUUUUGCCUUAAUCAUAGUAGCGUGCUCCAAAUUGUUGAUCGGGUUCCUUAGAGGGGUUGAUCCUUUGUGGGGUGAUCUUUCUUAAAUGACAGAAAAUGACAUUGCAUGAUGGGGAGGGGGGUGGGGAUUUGUUUAGAUUUGUCUUCUGCUCAUCCCCAGAUGAUAAAUCAAGUUUCCCCCGCCCCCGCCCACCCCCCGAUCUUUCUGCCUCGGCUUCUGCUGCUUCUGAUCAUGUUUUCUCUGCGGAUCUGUGCACCGGUGUUGCUUCCUUUAUAUGUGUCCAGCGAGAGAGCGAUGCGUGGCUUUCCAUCCCUCAAUCUGUUCUCUUCAUUCCCUUCCCUAUGUCUCUCUUAUACAUGACUCCAUCUGCCUGCCCGUCCCUCCAUCCAUCUAGCCCUUCAUUGGUGGCCAGCCAGAGAAUGUCAGCUGCUGAAUUUCUGCAGGGUUCCUUCUGAUGCUCUCCUCCCUCCUCCAUUCCCGCCUACACCCUAUUCUGGGCUUUGCUCAGGUAUGAAUAUGCAGUCCUUUCUUGCCUUUGAGCCUGUGACCCGGUAGCGUUAAAUAAAAAAAAACUCACCCAAACCUACUGAGGAUGUAAAUGGGAUGGAGGCAACUAUUCCUGCCAAGGAAAAAUACCUACAGCACUGUACUGCAAAGGCCUCUGGUAAGGUGUUUUUGCCGAGGCUUGGUGAGUGGAAACAGAACCGUUAAUGUAAAGAGAAAUGGAAGGUUGUAAAGGGGACUUAAUCCGAAGAGGUUUGGAAUGACAAUGGAAGAUGGCACUGCAGAAGGAUGUGGAAUAUGGGUGCAGUUUGUAACCCUCGUACACCUGGAUUUACUGGCAAGAAUAGGCCUGUCUCCCGUCUCCCAAGGUGGCUUGGCAAUGCAGGCUUCCCACUGCAAAGAGUUCUCUGCAAGAAGUGGAAUUCUCAAGGAUAAUGUGAUUCUGUGUGGCCUCUACAUUUCUAUAUAUCUGCCAUGCUCUAGUAGCGGGGAGACCGUUGGGUGGUUUCAGCGGCUGAAUGUGUCACCCAGUGAACCGAAAGCAUGAUUGCAUGCCUGCAUUCAUUGCACAUUGGGAUAAAGGUGCUGGAAUUUCUGAGUAUUAUGCCCAAAAUAAUAUAAAGCAUUUCAGGAAUGCAGCGGAGUGUUUUCAUGCUGAAAAAGUGAGGUAUUUGUAGUUUGGGGUUUUGUUUUGUGGUGGGUUUUUUUUUGGUGAUUUUCUUUUGCAUGUGUCUAACCUCUAAUUCAAGACAGCUGAAAGAGCCAUCUGAAUUUAAUCAAGCCAAUUACAGAGUUUUAUCUAAAAGUCCACUAAAAUGCUCAGAUUUGAUCUGCAAAUCCGAGGAAUGCUUAGCAUUUGGAACUUGCUGUGUCAACAGAAUGGUGAAUUCCAGAGGGGUGUGUGUGUGGCUGUGUUAGUCUGUUGUAAUGAAAACAGCAAAGAGUCAUGUGGCUAAUGAUUUAUUUUUUUUGGGUGGCAUAAGCUUUUGUGGACUAGAACCUAAUUCAUUAAAUGAAUUGGCAAAAUAGUUGCAACCCUUCCAUUGGCCCAGUUCGCAUGUAACACUAAGCUAAACUAUAGCUUAGUGUGUGUGAUCAAAUCUUGCAAGAGCCUGGAGAGGAGAUACUUGCCCACGUUGUUCCUCUCCUGUGGUUUCGCUGCUGUGCUAAGCCAAGGCAUGAUUUAGCUCAGUGUGUUAUUCAGGUCCAGGCUCAUGGUUUAGCUGUUCCAGGCAAACCAUAAGCAAUAACCAAGGUUUGUCCUAAAGUCUACAGCCAAUGGUUUGCCUAGGAGAGUUAAACCAGGAGCCUGGACUUAGGCAACACAAUAAACCAUAGCUUAGCUCAAGUGGGUACGACCUCCUCUUUCAAGAUCCUGUACACUUGAUCAUGGUUUGGCUUAGUGUAGUGUGUGAAUGAGGGCAUUGUGUGCUGUGUGUGUUCUAGUGUCCCUCACUCCCUUUAAAUGUCUGAAGGAUUUAUUUUGACAGAUGAUUUGGUUUCUGGAUUAUAUGACCCUCAACACUCACCAGGCCUUUCAUAAAGUCACAUUCAUCUGUUCUUAAAACUGAGACAUGCAAGUGGGAAAGGCAGACUUACUGUUCUAAUGAAAAGUUGAGGAUGCCUGUUUCGUUGUGGUUUAGUACAGAAAGUUAAUAUACUUGAGUCUUAAGAACUAUCUUUCUUUUAUCAUGCCUGCCACUCAACAAAAUGUGGGAUGCGUCGCUCAAAAGGCAUUUGCUGGCCAUUAGUUAGCAGCCAGGAAGCGCUUUGUGUCCAAAGAGGCUGUCUGUCUGAUUUCAUAACCCUGGAGAGGUGAAUAUUUUCAGCUGAAGUGGGCCAGUGGAAAUGGUGGUGACGGUGGGUUUAUUUCCUGAUCCUUGAUGUCACAUGUGUUUUUCAUAUUUCUGUGAACUGUGGCCAGAGAUUUAAGGCAGACUUUUUUAUGGGGAAGGUGGUAGAAGAGGAGUAGUUUGAGGAGACACGUGGUAAUUGAUGUUGGGAUGUUCAGCAGUGGGCCGGACGGUGAGCAUUUCGUUCCAAAUUCUUGAAGGAGAGAGGGCUGCAGGGGUGGUUGCGGUGCUGUACGUAAUGCUAGACAUUACACAAAUCAAAGAGGCUUUUUUGCUUUUUUUAUUUUAAAAAAGAAGUUAAUUCCAAGUAAUCCUGGUUUCAUGUUGAGCUGGGGCUAGAACCGAGAGAGAUCUAGUUAAAACCCUCCCCACACAGCCGUGUCUCCUCUGGGCUUGAGCACCAAACAGUUAUGUUGUCGGCAACCCGGUAUUUAUAGCUGCAACGGGCGCCUUUACACCAUGGAGGCAGCCUGCUCCCUGCCCCCCACCUCCCAACCCUCCCAGCUCAGUCCUAAACUUGGAACAGGGAUUUUGGCAGAAAGGUCUGGAUACGUUGGGAGUCAUAUGAGCCGGCCGGCAAAACAAUUAGCAGGCGUGUCGUGAGCUCUGCAGAAAGGGGUGGAGGGGGGACGUAAUGUGGGAAGACGCAAAAGUGGCACACACGCCACACAUAUGUGGGGAGUGACACACAUUCAAGUCGGGUUUGUUAUUUCACUCUGUGACUGUGAUAGUUAUAAAGAUAGUGGCCGUCACCCCAGAGAGGCCCAGGGUUCUUGGGAGUCCUGGCUCCCAGCCACUUGGCUAGAACCCACAUAGCUCCCCAUCCUGUUUCCAGAUGAAUCCAGGAGAGUCCUUUCUCCCUGUCCUCUUGCUCUGAUGCAGGCUUCCCCAACCUGGUGCCCUCCGGAUAUAUUGGACGCAUCAGCAAGGCAGACAGCUCUGAUGCAUCUGGUGCCAUCUUUCCUGUCACAUAGCUCAGGACUAAUUUCUACAAACUCUUCUGUGUUCCUUUCCUUACUUGCCUCUUGGACAGGUAUGGAGACCCUGCAGCCGUUCAGUUGCUACUGAACUACAACUCCCAUCAUCCCUAGCUACUGGUGACACUUGCAGGGCUGAUGGGAGUUGUAAGUUAGCCGCAUCUCAGAGGGGCAAAGGCUCCUCACGCCUCCUCUUGGGGAAUCCAGGACGCUAGUCUCCUGACAUCUCUUAUAGCCUUCCCUCAAGAAAGCCAACUAUCCUGACUCCCAGAUUCCUCCUACCUUUAAAUCUUGGCUAGCCAAAUAAUGAAUUGAGGUUCAUUUUGGAAAUUUGGUGGGUGGAGAAGGGGCUGCUGCUGUACCCCAUAAGGAAAAGGGCACAGAAUUCCCCAGGGACCCAUAUAGUGGAGUCCUAGAAGGGGAACUGGUGACCCAUCUGCACUACACAUUUAAGGCAGUAUUAUACCACUUUAAGCAGUCAUGCUCCCCUAAAGAAUCCUGGGUAAUUUGUCAAGGCUGCUGAGAGUUGUUAGGAGACCCCAUUCCACUCACAGAGCUACAGUUCUCAGAAUCUUUUAACGCUCAAUCCCUCUUUCCAGGGAACUCUGGGAAUUGUAGCUCUCUGGAGGAGAUGGGGAUCUCCUAACAACUCUCAGCACCUCUUAACAAACUACAGUUCUCUGGAUUCUUUUAGGGAAUUGGUGACUGUUUAAAGUGGUACAAUACCGUUUAAAAUGAAUAGAUCAGAUGGAGACUGAUCAGAUGGGGAUGUGGGUGGCGCAGUGGUCUAAACCACUGAGCCUCUUCUAGGGCUUGCUGAUCGGAAGGUCGGUGGUUUGAAUCCGCCCAAUGCGGUGAGCUCCCGUUGCUCUUUCCCAGCUUCUGCCAACCUGGCAGUUCGGAAGCACACCAGUGCAAGUAGAUAAAUAGGUACCGCUGCGGUGGGUAGGUAAACGGUGUUUACAUGCGCUCUGGCUUCUGUCACAGUGUCCUGUUGCUCGAGAAGCAGUUUAGUCAUGCUGGCCACAUGACCCAGAAAGCUGUCUGUGGUCAAACGCCAGCUCCCUCUGCCUGAAGCGAGAUGAGCGCCGCACCCCAAAGUCGCCUUUGAUUGGACUUAACUGUCCAGGGGUCAUUUAGCUUUUUUUAAAAAAAACCUUUAUACACUUGAAAUGUCAUGAGGCCUACCUGGAUGUGGAGUGAAAUGGCAUUUAUAUAGUGUUCAUUGACCUUGCAGCGGGGGGACGGGGGUCCUGUGGCCCUUCAGAUGUUGGACUCUUAAACUCCCAUCAUCCCUGACCAUUAGCCAUGCUGGCCAGGCCUGAUGGGAGGUGGGAGUCCAACAAGAGUGGGAGGCCCACAGAUGUCCCCACCCCUGGUUUAGGUUUUACAUAAACCACACCGCAAUCUCAAUAUAUUCAGUUAAACACAGCAAAAAAAAGAUAACGUAGAGAUGUGCUCCCUGAAGGGUGUAGGUAAAUGCAUGUAUUUGAACCAAGUAUGUCGGUUUUGCAGAUAAUUAUUGAAUGGAUGGCCCCCACUUCCUGUUCUGACCAGCUGUUCCUCUUCCCCUCCCUGCAGAGGCAGCUGCCAUAGUAUUUUACCUCAGAAACACAGCACUGGGGGUAACAUGGCUGCUUUCAAGGCCUACUCUCCCUCCCUCCGUGCCCAUAAUCCCUAAAGCAGUCAUGGAGCUUUGGGGUGCAGCCACCAUUGCGCAGCCUAAAAGUGCCAUGCUAUGUUGAUAUCUCUGCUCUUGUCUCUCUGCUCAUGGUCUUCUAAAUUAAAAAGCAGAGAGAGGAGGGAUUAGCUUGCAGGUUCAACAGAAGCUGCAGUGAGGAAUUGGUCCCUGUGUUCCUCUCCCUUCCACACCAAGAGAUACCGUGGCAGGAAUAUCUGCUAGGACUCAGCCAAGUACAAGAAGGAUUUACUUUGUUUGCUGUCACUGUUUCCCUUGGGCCCCGGGAGCAGUUGCGGUGACUACGGCUGUGCUGCUGAGUUUGUGUUGCCUCAAAGAGCCUGAGAUCCUUGUGGCAGAGGGCAGCUGGAGAGGGAGCCUUAGCAGUGCUGAGACAGCUCUCCAUAGACGCAUCUUCCCGCCUCCUUUUGGUAGCCUUGAAAAGCUAAAACCACUGAGAUAGGUGUGGCAUACUUUUGUCCGUGGCUCUUGCUUGCCUAGGAGAGUCGGUGUGGUAUAGUGGUUAGAGUUUCCGACUAAGACUUGAGAGAUCGGGGUUCAAAUGCCCCUACCCACACACCCUAGCCAUCAAUCUCACCUCAGGCUGGUCACAGAGAGGCGGAGAAUCAUGUAUGCCACCUUGAGCUCCUUGGAGAAGAGGAGGGCUACAAAUGUAGUCAACAAAUGAAAGCAAUUUAUUUUUUUGUUGCUUGGUUUGUUGGUCGGUUAUUCCGCUGCAUUAUGUGGACGGUGUUAGAAAUUAGCCAGGUGCGUUUUACGACUGACGCCGAUCCAAUUGUGACCAUGUGGGCAUCUCACGGUGCCAAGUUAGUGACUGGGGAAAGCAAAAUGUCACUUAGAGAAGGAUCUGAAAUGUUUUCCUUGAAGCUUGAAUUUGUUUUAUUCUCGAUUGUUUUAUACAAUAUUUUAAUGUGUUGUAAACCACUUGGAGAUUUAAAAAUAUAAAGUGGUAUAGAAAUGAAAUUAUUAUUAUUUGCAAAAAAUGGCACCUAGACAUUCCAUUGCAGCAACUGUAACCUAGGUUUAAGGUGCCAUUUGGCAAUAAGAUUAUAUAUCUGUGUUUCUAACACUGCAUGUCAGAUGGAAAUCGUUCACUUGGCUUCCUUUUGGCCAAACGCUGGUCAACUUUGUUUGCUGAACACAAAACAAGUAAGGCCUGUGUGUGUGUGUGUGUGUGUGUGUGUGUGUGUUUGUGUGUUUGUGUUUGAAGUGUCUUGAAAUUGUAGAGGGUUCCCCACUAGUCAACGCUGGUAAUGGGAAACAGCCUCCUUGGUUUCUUGGGAGUUGGGGGAGCGGGCUAUGAUGUUGUGCUAGGAGGAGGUGGGCAGAUAGUUCCCAUCACUGCUGCCUUUGAUUUUUGGGUUGUUGCCACAACAAGAAAGUUUGACAGGUGAGAAGCAGAAGGUGAUGACUCCCAACACAAAUAGGUUCGAGCGGGUGGCUGAGAAUCAAGCAGAGCGUGCAAGUCAGGCACCGCCUUCUGGGGGUUUAAGGAGCCUCCGAAAUUGGGGAGGCAGCCACACCAAAAAUAUUCCGGUCAUCCCAAGCAAAACAAACUCCUGUGGCUAUCUUAACUAACAAUUAUAGGACGAUUUCAUCCCACGGGAUGCUGCUUCCCGCUCUUAACCCACUCAAGCCCAGUUUCCCUCUCUCCGCUCUCUGCCCAGGAUUCCUCCCCUGCCCUCCAUCUCUGUCUCAGGAGGAGCCCUCCCGGCCUCGAGUGCCCAGGAAUCCUGGCUCCCAGCCUCUCCCUCCUCAAGCAGUAGGCAUCAACCACUCCCUUCUCGCUUCUCAUCUUCAACCAGCUUUGAAGAUGAGAUACUUCAACUGGCACCUCUGCACAGAUCUGCGUUUUCUGCCUCUUUAGCCAUGCCGCGCCCCAGAGGGAGACGCAUUUGGAACCAAUUACCUCUGGGCAUGGUGCCACUCAGUGCGGCUUCCUUUUGGAAUAUCCGGGCCAGAUCAAAAACCCACAGGGCCUAAAAGCCCUGCAUGUCCCCCCUCCGCCCUGAGAUUUUUCAGUAUGGUGCAAAUGUCUAACCCAAAUGUCUCUUUAUAUUUCUUCCAUGCAUCUCCCUCCCUCCCUCUCUCUCUGCCUCUCCUAACCCACAGUGCCCGCCCAUCAACAUUUCUCUCAUUGUCCGUUUGGUGCCGGAAAGGCGAGGGCUCGAAGUUGUGCUCUUCAGGUUGCCGUGCUUGCCAAUACCAGCUGGGCUGUGGGUUUUCAAGGGCAUUCUUGCGAUUCCAUUGCGGGUGCUGCCAAUCUCAAACCAACAGGCGAGCGCCAGGGGGCAUUGGCAGGGCAACCUCCAUAAAGCAGAGGGGAGGGAGGAACUUUACCUCCUUUGACCAACUCCCCCCCCACAAAAAAAAACACAACACAAAUUUUGGGUCAUAUUGUCCUUUACUUGUUUCAGCCCACUGUGUGCUCCCCCAGUUUCCCCAUCUCUGUGGAGGCUUCUUUUACUGUCCCAUUCUUUCUGGCACAUCCCUGGGACACAGGACGCAGAAACACCCUUUGAUCGUUGCGACUCCUUUCCUCUACACCUCCCUUCACCAAAGAUUGCGUCCCCUUCCUGGGAAAGAUGUUGUAUUAGCUCACUUGCAAAUGUGUUCCCUCGCAUGGGUUUUAAAUAAAUAAUCUGCUUGCUGCAAUCCAUGAGGUGUAGCAUGAAAUAAAUAAAUGAUUCACCUACUAUUUAAAAUGAGUCUUGUGAUGAUCAUAGCUACAUUUGGCUCUCUCGAGAAUCCAGGCAUGUAGGGGUCACAACAAGACCUCCUGAGCUUUCUCUGCCAGAUCCCGCUUCCUUCCCAGAAAACCUCGUGUGUUCAGGUUCCCAGAUCUCAUUUGCCAACUCCAGAACGGGGUCUCUGCAGUUGUCCUUUUACCAUCAGGAUAACGUGAAGGCAGCAAAGUUCAGCUCUUUGCCUUGAAAAGUUUCACCUGUUGAUUUGUGCAUUGCACACCUCUGUUGAGGAACUGGCUGGGUGUGUGCUUUGUUUCUUCAGGGCCUUUGGGCAACCCCAACAUCCCCUACUACUCUCUAGUUUUGAGUUCUGUGCCACAAUAAGGCUCCAACCUUUUUUCUUCUUCCCUGGCCUUCAAAUUCAUCAAAUGACACUUUCCCCCAGGAUUGCAUCCCCAUGUUGGGGAAAACCUGGUUAAUUUCUGUCUGUCUCAGGCAACUGCUAAAAAGCACAAGAGCUCCACUAAGGGGGGGCGGGGGGAGACAAUUAUAGCCUGUGUGCUGGAGCUUGAAUGAAAAAUGCCUCAGUAAGUUCCAAACUUCUCUCUCCCUCCCCUCUUUGACCGGCUUCUUCUUUUUGUGGGGUUUGGAGCCUGUGGGAGAUUCUAGGACCAGAGACCGUCAUAGGAAUCUUUUUGCUCUGUCAAGGCCUCGAGGGGCCUGAGGCAAUUGUUUGCCACCACCCUAAUGGCCUCACCCUGGGAUUGCUCAGCAAAUUAAUUAGCUAACGAGGGCGCAGCUGGCUCGUUAGUGCCACUUGGCUGGGCACUGUUUGGCAGGACUUGAUGUUGCUUGACGCUGCUCUUGCCUCAGACUUGCCUGGUUCGGGUGUUGUCCAAUCCCCUCUGGUGGGGUGGGAGUGGGGCCUGGUGGGAGACAGACAGCACGGGAUGUGCUGGAAAGCCGGGGCGAUGUUCUGCCAGAAAUGAAGAGAAAAGAAAAAGUUGCCCGGGGCAGGCGAGGGCUGGAGCCAGGACUCCUGGGUUCCUUUUAGGCAAGGACUGCAGCUUAGUGGUUUAGAGCAGUGGAACAGCGAGCCCGGACUCCUGGGUUCUUUGGGCAUAGAGUUGGGCCUAGUGCUGUGGUUGCCUUUCCCUCUGUAGACAGUAGGUGUGGUACUUUGAGGGCUGGGCCUGUGCAGAUAAUUGUUUCCACACCUUAUUGGUAAACGGGCCUAUAAAACAGCCAAAGCUCUGGGGUUCCCAAAGUGUAUGUUUCAGUAAAGGGGUCAGUAGAGCCAGAAGUCCUCUGGUUAUUUUGCAAAGGGGCAGGGGGCUGGUUACCUUAGUCUGGAGAUAGCAUGUUUAAGGAAAAAUGGCAGUGUAAGAGUAAGAGAGAGAGAAAGAUCUGGUUAGCUUAGAAGAGGAGUGAUCACCCAGGGCGUUUUAAUUUAUGUCAGUGUUUAGAAUAUGGCACCACUGUUGGUUCGAAAUUAAUUCAAAGUAAACAGGAGUGAGCUUGUUUAUGCCUUGUAGAAUGUACUAGACAUGGAGAAAUAAGGUAUUUCAGGGUUCUCUGGAAGGAGAGGAGAGGAAACAUCAGCAUUAAAAGGGAAAGGAAAAAAGGAGCAACCUGGGAUGUAUGGUUUUUCUCUGGUGCCAGCACAUUAGUGCUGCUGGGUUCUUGGGCAGGGGUGCGGCAGCUUCGGCAGGUGGUUGCCAGGCACAGGUACACUCAGCAGGCUGCACCUGCCUUGGUUGGCAGCCAAAGGGCGUCACCUACCACCCUUUGCUCUUUGUGGGAAUAUGUGGAGCUGCUUUCCCUCCCCCACCGUAGCACCACACAGACUUUUCUCUCUUUUUCUUUUUCUCUCUCUCUCUUCUGUCCCCCCUCACUUUCCUGCAUAUCUCUACAUCGGAGAGCAAGGUGCCCAACCGGCAGCCCUUGCCCACCUUUCCUGUUGCACCGAGCUCUCUCAGUUGCACCCACCCUUCCUGAAAUAGUUGAAUUCCUAGCAACUGACAGAUCAGAGCGGAGGCAGAUCAAAGACCAGGUUGUUUUGUGUGUUUAUAUCCUGCUUUUCUUCUGCCUUGGAACUCCAAGGCUGUGGCUGGUUCCAAGUCUGAGGGGGCUGUCAGGAGUACCUCUCCCGGUGAGUUAUUCUCUCCUAUGUUGGUAGGUCUCCCUUGGGCAUAAGUGGCGGUGGGCGAUCUCAUUUGUUCCCUGUGACUCUUAAUGGAGGUCCUGGAAGCUGCCAUUUUGAUUUCCCACAAUGCUCAGUGGGCUGCACCUGCUUUUUUGGUCAUUUAGAGACCACCCUUUGCUCCGCAUGUGAAGGGCACCAUGUGGGAGGGAUGCUAUAUCAGGAGCAUUGUGGGAAAUUUCAAUGGCAGCUUAUAGACCCAGCCACCCAGGGUACAAGGGUCAUUAGUGGUCUCUGCCAGGGCACUAGGGCUUUGGUUAUUACCCAAGGAUGACGCGUAUUUGUCUCAGGCCUGCUCAAGACAUCAUACAUAGGGUCUCUCAGCCAGGCACCGACCAGAACCUGAACUCGGGUUACUUAAAUUGUGCUGCGCCUCAUUUAGAACGAAGUGCAGUGAUGUUGACAUCCUGAGUGUUUGUUCUGACCUAACAUGAGAGGAAAACGCCAAAGAGCGGAGUUGCUUUGAACAUAUGCAGAGUGCUUCCCCAUUUUUUAUUUGCAGAGUCAGCACAGACAGCGCCCACAUGCCUGGGGUUUGGGCUCUGGGUGUGCCGGUCUGAGCACGUGACACCAGACAAGUUUUGGCUCCUUGGAUGCUCUGUUUCCAUGUACCCAAAUCAGGGUUCAGGGAAACCACUGGAGGCCAAGAUGAGCAGGGGAAAGGUGAUGUAGAAAGUGCAGGGCGCAAGACGCCAGGACAAGCUCCUUUGAAAGAAUAGCAGCGACAGAGCGGUCCUCUAGCGCAGUCUCAUUCAUGCAAAGCAAUGGGCAAAGCCUCUUGUCAGAGAGGAGACCCCGGCAGCCGGCUGUGCGCCUGGAACAAGGACGCGAGUGUCUGGCUCCAGCAGCCCAAGCAAGCGAGGCUGCAGCUUACGCCAGCGAGCCCAGCAGGGGGCUGGUGGGGGUGGGUGGGAGAGAGCUGGAAAAUCUAGCUCAUCAGCCAGGCGGCUGACUGGGGUCGCUAGGCUGGGAAUGAGGGAAGAGAGGCUGGGGGCCUGGAUUUUCCAGGAGGAGAAGUUAAACUAGCAGGGUGCUUGAUGAUAGCGGGUUGUAGGCAGCCAGGGUUCCUGAGGAGGUUUCCCCCACCUUUAUGACACAGUUGAGUUGUUCAGCCACAUUUUUGGCCCUGUUUUUCUAGUGUUUUCUCCCCUUGUCUGUUCCUGGCUUCCUUGUUAAGUCCCUUGACUGAGAGCAGCUCUGCUUAUUGUGUCUAGAAGGUAACAUCUGUGAGUCCACCGCCAUCCAGUUUUUGUAAGUUCAUACUAGAAAAGUGUCUGUCUGUGUGUGUGUGUGUGUGUGUGUGAGAGAGAGAGAGGAGAGAGAGAGAGAGAGAGAGAGAAGGGAGAGAGAGACAGAGAGACAGACAGACAGACGGAGAGAAUUGCAUACAAUGACAGGUUCUGGCAAACCCUGAGUUUUAAAAUAUUUUCAUCCUGAUUCAUAAUAUCUUUCAUUAAUUCAUCUGCCAAUAAUUAUAGUUUUAUUGUGUAUGGGUAAAUAGGAAUCUAUUAGACUCUUCCACACCAACUUCGGAGUACAGGCCUAUUUGACGACAUAUGGUUGUGGGGUUUUUUGUUUUGCUUUUUUUGGAGGGGGUUUCCCUAGAUUUUGCAACAUUUUGUGCAUGUAUCGAAAUGGUGAUUUGGGUUGUAUAUUACUUCCCAAUCCCAUUUUCUCUCUUUCACAUGCCAAUCAGAUACCUCGAAUCUUGCAAACUGUGCACAGAAUCUUUCUUCAGUAAGAUUCUAUACAAGAGUAAUGAACUACGUUAAGUAUCUUAGAGAAUUCCAACUUUGUAAGGCUUGUAUUUUGUGGAAAGUGAGGUGGGCGUGAAUGUGUUUGGGUGUGUCAGGCCAGUGAUGAUGAUGGGACCUUACAAAAACCUUUUUUUUUUAAAUGGCUAUGUCCUCCCGGUCUUAAGGAAAAAUCUGAACACAUGGUGGGAGGUGGAAAAUACAUAUGAAUAAGAAUAUACUAGAAGGCGGUCGGCCAAAUGGUCCCAAAGAAGGACAGAACUUUCUUUAUGUAUGCUACAACAGCAGCAAGAAUACUUAUUGCAAAGUAUUGGAAGACACAAGAUCUACCCACUCUGGAAGAAGGUGAUGAAGGUGAUGGACUACAUGGAAUUGGCGGAAAUGACUGGCAGAAUCCGAGACCAGGGUGAAGAGUCGGUGGAAGACGAUUGGAAGAAAUUUAAAGACUAUUUACAGAAAUAUUGUAAAAUUAAUGAAUGUUAGAAUGAUGUCAGAAUGAAAUUAAGUGGUUCUAGCAGCAAUGUCAUAAAGGUGUAUGAAAAAAUGGCUGGUUAAUAGGUGAGAAUCUAAAGCUAUAAUAUAUUAAGUUAAAGGACUAAGACAAAAACAAAGAGGGAAAGGAAUUGCUGAAUUAACCAAUUGAACUGGAAUACAAAAAAGGGAGGUGAGAGGAGGUCAGGGAAGCAAGGAAAUGAAAUGUAAGAUACGGAAGGAUUAAUUUGUUUUUAAGUGUUUUUUCUAAUUUUUUUCCCUAUACUUUGUAUUUUGUAUGUUUUUUCUCUUUUUUUCCUAUAUUUUCCCUUGUCUCUUUUAUUUUUAACUAUGUAAUUUUUUGUUUCUGAAAUUUUAAUAAAUAUCAUUUUAAAUAUAUAUAUAUAUAUACUAGAAGGCCAGGCUUUAAGUAGCAACUACAGACAGUCCCCAACCCAACUCAACGGCUCUCCUUUUCUCUCGGCUCAUUAAAACCACAGUAUUCUGGCUGGGGACCCCAAAGUCCUGGUUCCAGUUACUUUUUGCUUUCCCACAAUUGACUCCACCCUUGCCAAAACCCAGGCCUUAUUUCCCAGUGAUUACUUUGUAAACAUGAACUGCUCUUUUAUUGGCGUGAUAAUGUUUGUUUAAGACGUUCCAGAGUUCAACGGAUUUGGUCAGGUUUUGUAUUUGAUAGUCAAGUCAAUGCUUCAAAUAUUUCCUUUCCCUGCUCAUCCCGCUCCUCAAAGUUUCAUGCUUGGUGUUUUUUUUCCAUUCGAAGAAGUGGGGAAUUUCACACUAUUUUGCCUGUGUGCCCUGAAAUUUGCUGCAUCUCUGGUGUGUGGGGUGGAGGGAGGAGAUAAGAGAAGCAAAUGUGUGCAGAAGUUCACAGGAGCAGUGAAAAACGUUUAAUACCCCACUGGCCUUAUCUGAGCAUCUUCCAGUCAUAUGGUACAAAAAGACACAGGCACCUGGAAGAACUUGGGGGGGGGCACCAGGGGGCAAUUAUUAUUUCCUGGGCAUUGGAAUUCUGUGCACCCACAGCUCAGGACUGGGGUGUUCCCUGUCUGAUCUUUCCUGGUUUUUCUUCUCUCCCUGCCCGCAGCCAUGGCUGUCCGAGCCCCUGCUCCGCGGGGCGACGCCAGCGCCGAGAGAUACCUGUUUGUGGAUCGGAACCAGGUGGGCAACCCAGCCUCCCAGGCUGACUGGACGGCCAAGCGUCUGGUGUGGGUCCCAUCGGAGCGCCAUGGCUUUGAGGCGGCCGGUCUGCGCGAAGAGCGGGGGGACGAGGUGCUGGUGGAGCUUGCCGAGAACGGGCGUCAGGUGCUGGUCGCCAAGGACGACAUCCAGAAGAUGAACCCCCCCAAGUUCACCAAGGUGGAGGACAUGGCGGAGCUGACCUGCCUCAACGAGGCCUCUGUGUUGCACAACCUCAAGGACCGCUAUUACUCAGGCCUCAUCUAUGUGAGUUGGCUUGCCUGGAGGUUGGGAGCCCUGCCUCUCGGCUUCCCCUUUCCCUACCAAUUUCAACUUUCCCCAGAGGCCUGGCUGCCACCCUCCUGCCCACCCUCCACUUGGUACCACGUGGGGAGCCAUUAGUCCCCUGGGGAGCCAAGGUCCCAUUUCCUGGCACUCCUUGCUGUGAGGAGCCCCUUCCCCUCCAUGAGAACCCAGGCACUUCUGGCUUCCAGGCCUGCCUUUCUCGAACUCAGUGCUUCCCAAACUUGGGUCUCCAGCUGUUUUGGAUUACAACUCCUAUCAUCUCUGACCAGUGGCCCUGCUGGCUAGGGAUGAUGGGAGUUGUAGUCCCAAAACAGCCGAAGACCCAAGUUUGGGCCUCUAGACUUGCCACCUUCUGGCUUCUACCACCCCAUUCUCUCAUCCACCAAAAAUACACCUGGGCUGAGAAAUCCGAACGAUGCAGCUCAUACCAUUGUUGCCACCAUAAAGAGAGAAAAUGUGUAGAGUGGCACAUAGCCUGAAUUUCUGGCGGGGGGUGGGGAAUGGCGGUGGCAGCGGAAAAAAUGUCAUUGAGUGCAAUGGUGCAGAGAACUACCACUCUAGGCCUUGUGUUCUCUUUGGAGAAAGCACCAGAAACUUGGUAUUGGAAAUCAGAAUGGAAAACAGGCACUUUCUAGAUUUUAAAUAUAAGUAUUUUCUCAUUUCAGUGGUGGCAGCUAGGCCCUAUUGGGUGACCUAAGCCAAACUGGAGCCCAUGUGCCCCCUACUGGGGAACAGUUCCCGGAGUUUGUGCUCUUGGCCCACAGAUCUGUUCUCCCUUCUGAGUGGAGGUGCGGUUUUGUUCAGAUGCUGAGCUGUUCAGUCAUAGCAGGCGCUGGUGCCAGGGAGGAGGAAGAGCUGGUUCUGGGGCUUAAAAGUUGGGCCUUUGUUGUUCCCAGUUUGUGGAGCCCGGGUGCGUGGGUGAUGACGCCAGAAGGGGGGAGCUGAGUCUCCUCUACCCCAGUAACACACGCAGCUUAGCUACGAAAGGAAGCGGGGAGAAAUGCCCCCUUCUCUUCUGCCCUGACUGGCAUUGUCAGCUUUGGUUUCCGUGCCACCCAAGCGGGCACAAAAGGCUGCCCUGAGAGGCAGCGUGCCAAGGCAUUCUCUCAGCCGCACGUCAUUGCUGACUCGCGGACAGCCCAGCAACCCUCCCUUCCCCCGUUCCAGUCCCCACCCCUGCAGCUGGGUAUCGGGGCGGGGAACGGACUAGACCUGUUUAGCUAGAACGGGAGCCCGCGACGAGGUGUGAAACAAAUUCUCCCGAGGGCGCAAUUGCAAACACACACACUUCAUCUUGAGAGUGGAAGGCACUAGAUUGUGGGUCACCUAGCUCUGCCACCUGCUUUGGGGCAGAGGGCCUCUUCUGUGGGAGAUCCCAGCAGGGGGCACCUUUUGAGAAAGUGCCGCAUGGAAGGGGGUUUCUGCAGCUUCCCUGGGCGGCAUCUUUUGCUCAGGUGUCCUUCCCCCUCUCUGCUGUUUACCCUACACCUGCCUCCCUGCAGUCCCAGUCUAUUGCUUUGUGUUCUGUUCACAUUCAUCCAGUUUUAUGCAGGCUUCCAGCCUCACUGGCCCUGCAGUAAAACUGUACAAGCAUAGUCAGGGUAGGCCUUUGGGGUUGGAGCAGAAGCCCAGGGCUCCACUCAGCAGAGCGAUUUGCAGGGUCCCCAAAUACUGUCGCAGCUCUGGUUUAUCUCAUUUUGAAGUUGGGCGCAGAAAUAGACUGUGCCCUUCCCGUAUGCCCGUGAAGUCCAGAGUCUAAAAUUAUGUAAGCUCACCACUGGAUUGCUUUGCCGUGCGUGGAACUCGGCUCUGAGUGUGGUACCAUAAACCACCCCAAAAUCGGGCCGGUGGUGGUGUAACAAAGACCAAUCAACAUUCAGCUUAAUAACCAGGUUUAAAGAAAACCACGGCCACGGUAGCAUUAAGAAUCGGCCCCCGUUGGGUUAUGUGUGAACAAUCUGUUUAUCUUCUUAAGCUUGCCCACUGUAUUUCCUUCUUUAAAAAAACCCUGGCCAUAUGUACCCAGGAGUGCCCUUGCAAUGAAGCCACACGAGGCAAUUGUUUUGGGGCAGGGGAUUUUCUUGUGUCCAUCAAUCCACAUCAUUUUUUUAAAAAGAGAGUACCAGUCCAGAACCCAGAGAUUUUUCAGAGUUGAAAAAGCUGGAAUCACCUCUUUCUGCCGCAUAUAUAUUCUGCCCCCCAACCCCCAAUUGCUGUUCAUGUAAACCAGGUGGUUGGUCCCUGCUCAGCCUUAAGAUACGCUUGAUUGAUAAAUUGGAAGUGGAUUAACUUAGCCUGCAUCUCUUUUUCUUCCUUUUUGCUUCCUCCCGAAGCAGAAGCAAUUUUCGAAUUUUCAGAUGUUGGUUUUGGAAGGAAGCACGGCAACUUAAGAGCGCUUGUGCGCAGGCAUAUUUUACCUUGCGGUUAUGUGUGUGUUUUGGGAAUGGGGCUUGCGGAGAACUGUUCUGACGUGCUGCUCCCCCUCCCCCUUCCUUCUCCUGCAACAACAGACCUAUUCGGGGCUUUUCUGCGUGGUCAUCAACCCUUACAAGAACUUGCCCAUCUACACGGAGCAGAUCGUGGAAAUGUACCGGGGCAAGAAGCGCCACGAGAUGCCACCCCACAUCUAUGCCAUCUCUGAGGCUGCCUAUCGGAGCAUGCUGCAGGGUACGAUUUGGAAAGCGAAGGGGGCACACAGAGGUGCCAUACGUUUCAGACACUAUGAUGCCGCUUUAAACAGUCACGGCUUCCCCCCAAAGAAUUCUGGGAGCUGUAGUUUGUUAAGGGUGCUGAGAGUUGUUAGGAGACCCUUAUUCUCCUGAUUCUUUGGGGAAAGCCAUGAGUGUUUAAAGAGGCAUCUCAUGGCGCCAUAGAAGUGUGAAUGUGGCCCGAGACUAGGGCUUGCUGUGGGAGGUGGGGAGGGGUGGAGAAGUUCCAGCCAUUCCCCGUUCCAAACUGAAUUGGCGGAGGGAAGAAGUGUGUGGCUUUGGGGUGAGUGCGCAGUGUGGUAUGUGUCGGAGAGGUCCUAAGAAUCCUGUGGUCGGUGAGCUUUGGGUGGGUGGGUGGUUGCAUGUCUGCCUCUGGUGCCCUCUGGCGGAGGAGACAGCUCCUGCCUCUUGUCUCUGAACCGUCUCUCUUCUUCCUUUCCCCCCUCCAGACCGAGAGGAUCAGUCGAUCUUGUGCACGUGAGUGUCAGCAGGAACGGUUUACCUGCUGGGGAGGGGCUUUCAGCAGCAGGUAUGUGGGUGAGCCAAAGGUCAUUACACACCCAUUGCUUCACAUGCCUGUUUGCCUGCGGCUGUGGAAAUCUCUGCGGGCCAAAAGGGCACCGAGCACCAAAACACACCAGUAUCUGUCACAAGGCAUGCUAUUUAAGCAAGAGGAUCCCUGCAGGCCUGUCAGCUGUCCACAAUGUGGGCUGUUGUGCUCACACAACCUUACAAACACCCAUCUUGAACCCCCGGCUUCGUUUGCCCGGCUUCCUCCUGUUCUGUUCAAAUGCCAGACAAAAAUGAUUGAUCUGGGGCCUAAACCACGAGGCUUGUCUUCAUAUUAAGAGGGAAGUGAGUAAUGACUCUUUACCAUUUAGAUAUUGCUUUAGAGAAGCCUUGGCUCUGGGGACUACAACUCCCACCAGCCCCAAGCCAGCACAACCCCCUAUUCCCCUCUCUGAGCUACAGUUCCCAGAAUUUCCUGGGAAGAGGGAUUGCUUAUCAACACCGCUUUUAGAAUCGUGGCUCUCUGCGGGGAACAGGGGGUCUCCAAACAACUCUCAGGACUUUAAGCAAAAUUCCCAGGAUUCUUUGGGAAAAGCCAUGGCCAUUUGAAGUGGUCCCAUGCCGCUUUAAAUGUUCAGUGUGGAUGGAACCUCUCUGUCAAUAUGCUGCGUCAGCUGAACUGAUGUGCGAUACAGACCCAGGAAGCGGGAAGAGAGGAUGCUGCAUUUAUUUACCUCUUUAGGAGACCACUUAGAUGAAGCUGGGGAGGGAGAGGGGGGUGAGCGCCACCCAGGAUUGAGCCCCCUCUUUUUCUCACCCCUGGUGUCUGGUCUCCUUGGCAGGGGCGAGUCAGGUGCUGGGAAGACGGAGAACACGAAGAAAGUGAUCCAGUAUUUGGCCCACGUGGCUUCAUCGCACAAAGCCCGGAAGGACCACAAUGUGCCGGUGAGUGACCUCUGGCCGAUGCGUGGUGUUUUAGCAUUUGCUCCGCUCUGCCCCCCCCCCCCCGUUUGAAAAUGCCCCCUCCCUGGUAAGUGGACUGGCCUGAUCUCUCCGCCAACCCUUGAGCAGAGUUGACAGGCUCUUCCUCCCCACUCCCCCCCGGCAGCCAAGUAAAAGAUGCCUGUGUGUGGCCCGACAGCCUCCCAGCAUCCAGGGCUCAGCUUUGAGCCAAGGCCAGCCCGGGAGCUUUCCCCAACUGCUGGUGCUCAGACUCCGGAAUGCGUGAAGUAGCGGGAAAGUGGAAGCACCCUUCCCCUGAGUGCCUUCCCCUGCCACACCCAGUCUGUGCCCGCUUGGAAUGUCUGUGGCAUCUGGGCAGAGGCAUCCGGGCAGAAGCCAGCACCAAAAUGGCCUGCCCGUCCCUCUUGUGGUGUUGUCGAAGGAAACGCGUUGCUGCCUGUACCUGUCGUAGUCAUUCCUUUCAACCUGCGUCGCCACGACUGCUCACUCUGUCCUUCCCACCUGCCCUGUGUGCCUCUCGCUCACCGUGUCCUCCCCCCCCCCGUCUGCCUCCCUCCAUCCCUCCCAGUCACUGCCGUUCUGUCUCGACGCCCUCGCAGAUCUGCAGGUGCAGGGCUUGUCCUCCCAAGCGCUCCUGCGUCUUGGCGGAAGUAACACAAGACGAGGCAGUUGGUGCCCGCCCUGUUCUCUAAGUGGCCUACUGGAGUCAGGAUCCCUUCCCUUUCUCUCUCUUGUCCGCAAAUAUGAUAGAGAUUUCACCUCUUCCUCCUCCUCCCGCUUUGGAAGUCCUGGGCGCUUAACAAACUGGAGAACGAAACCAGGCCCGUAGCCAAACAUUUUGCGGUGAGGAGGUCUACGUGGGGGCAAGGAACUACCGCAGAACUGCCAGAACAUAAGUACAGGCCACCUGAUAUGUCAGAGUCAAUUGUUCCCUGCGGUAAUAAAAUAAAAAUGAAUUAACAUUUUAGGAAUAAGGGUUUGGUUCUCAUGCGUUAGUUAUCCCAACACUCACUGGCCAGAAUGUUGGUAGUGGGGAAGAAGUUUACACCUAAGUUAAGCAGUUGGGCAGACUAGAACCUGCAGGCCUCCCCCCUAUAUAGCCACAAAUAAAAGCGUGAAGAAAGUUGACAAAAGAGAAGCUUUCCCCUGCUCUCAUAAUAUUAUGACUCAGGGGUCAUCCAGUGCAGUGAAGUUGACAGGAGAGCAGAUUCAGGAUAGGCAAAAGGAAAGUACUUCUUCACAUAGUAAAAUAUUGGUGCCUGAUAGAAACAUUCUUGCUUAGACAAGCCUAUCCAGGUGCUUAGAAUGUUGCAGGUAAUUUCAAUCUCUUUUGGUAUUUCAACUUUUGUAUGUUUUAAAGUAUGGUUGUGAAUUGUUCUUGGGUUUUCUAGUUUUAUCUUUUUGCAAACCGCUUUGAGGCUUUCCCCCCUUUACAUUCAAGCAGUGUAUACGUUUUAUGAAAUAAAUAAAAUAUAUAAUGAGUGUGGAGGGUUCCCUGCCAUAGGGACCUGGUGAUUAGGCCAGUUUACGUGGAGGAAGAUAUGCCCUAACCCAGGCAUGUCCAAAGUCCGUUUUGGGGGCCUAAUUCGGUCCCUCAGUGUCUGAUUGGCCAGUGAAAGGAAGCAGGAAGUUUGACUAGAUGGACCUUUGGGCUUGCCCUUCACUCUGAGAUCCCUUUAAGGAGGAAAUCGCAAAGAGUGAAUCUGGACUGGUUGCAGGACUUGGGGGCAGAAGGGGGAAGCUUAGAGGGCUCCCAUUUUCUGUCACUGCUAAAUGAUAUUUAAUAGCAGUGGUAGUGAUUAAUAUUAUUGCAGAAGCCAUUCUAUUAUCUACAAUGUCAUCAGCGUACAGGGCAUCCUACAGAGUCGCAGUAACCAGAGCAAAUGCUCCCUGCCCUCUAUCUCGACAUGGGGGGCAUUUUCUCAGGCGUCUUCUUAUCUUUCUUGGGAGCUUACUGAAAAACCUACAGAAAAGUGGCACCGUCUGUGCAGAGGGGCAUUGGCAAGCCUGGCUUCCCUGGCCCCAGCACCCAACUGGAUCUGGCCCUGGAGCCCAGUGCCUGCAUAAGUGUGUGUUCAGCUCCGGGCCUUCCUAUUGUGCUUCUGUUCACUUCUCGCAGUCUGGAUCACAUGGGGAGGCAGCUGGUCUUACCUUACCAGAUGGGCAUUUGGGCCCUCUCGUUUUGUAAUGGGGGCUGCGUGUUUGGGAGGAGGGGUGUUCUUGUGGGCCGUUGAGGGGACCCUGCAUUAACCUCCCCUCUAUUGUCUUGCUGCCCCAGCCGGAGUACCCGAACGAAGCCAAACAACAGGCAAGAGAGCGCAAUGCAUGCCGCUGAAAUGCCAACUCCCUGCCCCCCCCGCCAACCCCCACCACUGCUCCCUCCUCACUUGCCUGCCCUCCAACGCUGAUCUCUGGUCACUUACUGGCUGCCGCUCCUGACAAUGCCGACUCCUUGGGCUGCGAUUCUGGCUUCGAACGCUUUUCUCGUUGGUUUUUUAAACUUUUGUGUUCUGUCUUGAAAGCGGUUCAGUGGGCUCUCUUCCCUCAUCAGAGCCAGGGCGCUGGGCUCUCUUGAGAAAGGAACAGGAUUCAAGGGGUGCUGGGAAAGGGAAGAGGGGCGCCUGGGUGCCCUCCCUGCCCACCACCGACCCUUGCAUUGGUUCCCGGUUCAUGUUACUGCGUCACUGUUGGGUCUUUUUUUUUUUUUCGUUGUCUGACUUAAUCCUUUGGUUGUUGUUCAUUUUUGUUUUGUCUUUUGUUUUGUUUUCCCCACCCCACCUCGUCUUGCUCCCUGCUCUCUCCCUCCCCGUCCCCAUUUCAUGUUUCGUGACGUCAUCCCCACCCAUAGACCUCCAACCCUGCUUCCUACGUGAGUAGUUUUCCUGUUGUGCUUUGGGGGGGGGGUUCGGGUGGGUAUUGCUCCCUGGUGCACAUGCUUGUGGGGUUCACCCCCUCACACACACCCUGUGGUCAGAAAAAUGGAAGAUGGAAGUCGCUUUGGAGUGAUUCCCUUCCAAGAGGGCAGCCAGCUUUCCUCCUGCCAGGAUCUAAAUUUCGCAGAGCACUGCAUCUGCCCACCCACCGAAAAAAACACAUUUCUAGGGCUAGAGCCUUGAGUGCUCUUUCUACACAGCUUCAGCUUUUGCUGCUUCUGGGUCUGGGCAACCCCCCCACUCCACCCCACCCCCCACCUGACCUCUUUCUCUUUCUUUCCAGGGUGAGCUGGAACGUCAGCUGCUACAAGCCAACCCUAUCCUGGAGGCCUUUGGCAAUGCAAAAACAGUAAAAAACGACAACUCCUCACGAUUCGUAAGUCGGCCUUUCCCCCCCCAGUUGGUGCUUGCAUGUAGAAGGUCCCAUAUUCAAUCCUCGGAGUCUCCAGGCAGAGGGGUACAUAGGGGCUGGUGAAACCGGCCCCCGCCAGGGAGCAAAAAUCACCUAUCGGACUAUGGAGUGUAUGAUGUGUGUGGCGACAUGCCGCCUCUGUCAUGGAGAACUCAGACAUGGAAGAAGCUCCCCUUCUCGCAGCGUGGCACAAAGGUGUGAGGAUUUUUCUGUCCUUCCGCCUUGCCUCAACCUCACUACGGAUGCUUCCAAGUACUAGAGAUGCGUAAAAUGUGGUAAUUUCUAAUGCGGCUGCUGUGGCAAAGUCAGUUUUUUCGGGGUGGGGUUGCCUAUACAGGUCCCUGCCAAAGGACUCUCAAUGUGCCUCUGUCUCCAGGCAGGGCUGGCAGAGACCCUUGCCAGGCGAGCUGCUGCCAGUCAGUGCUGAGCUAGGUUGACCAAGGCAACUUCCUGCAUUCCUAUUGUUACGGCAUGACACCAUUGGGUCUACCGGUCUGCCUUGCCUCUAUCCAGCAGCUGGCGCAGGGGUCCCCUUCCCUGCAAAUCCCCAAGCGCCUGGUUUGCAGGAGAUUGGCACUGUGAUUUCAGAGCUCCAGUCAGUGUAUUGAAGUGCCCAUAUCAAAUCAAAAUAACUGGCCACAGAAAAUCCUGGAGUGCUGGCUGAGUAGAGUCUGAAGGUGGGAACAUUUGACCUCUUUAGAGCAUCUUGCCUGUGUUUUAGCUGCUUCCUUGAAAGGAGUAAGUUGCCCUUCCGUCUGCUUGAAUGGUGGCAAUGUUAAGGCCCAGCCACCUUCUGGGGGAGAACUGAAGGGCAAGAAGCAGCGCAAGGUAGCAUUCAUUAUGUGGCCUGUUGGAAAAAUAAAAAGGAACCAAAAGCCAGCUCAGCAUCCUGAUCUUGAAAGAGCCGCUCUCCCUCCCCAGCAACUGAUAUUCAGAGGCUCCACCAUUACUGCCAUCCAGCAACCCCCUGUUUACCUUUCCUCUACUGGUGUUCCCUGCGGACCCAUCUCCCCAUCGCGCAGGAUGCAAACCCGUUCAAGAACAGAGUUGUAGAGUUGGAAGCGUCGUCAGUGUCCAACAUGGGGCUGAAGGCCAUGCCCCUGAGAUUCAGAGCCAUCGUGCAUCUUCCCUGAGCCAUCUUAAAGUGCACCUUAACCCACUCUUCAGAAAGGGCAGGUUGUGUACACAACUGUGUUUUUCACAUCCCCACCUGCUUUGUUGAACUAUGCCAACAAAGCCUCUCCUCCUCAGGAAGAAAAACCAGUUUCUUCCCGUCCUUGCCGAAGAUCUGCUUUCAAAUCCCCUUUGUUGUUGUUGGGAAAUGUCACUUUUCGGUCCCUCCUUAAGAAGCUGAAAUAAAGUGUUUUAUCUUCCUUCUUGUUGAAAGGAGAGGAGUCGGCUUCGCAUCACCCAGUAAUGCUAAGUUUCUUCCAGUUGGUGCAGAGGCGAGUUUCUACUCCUUCCUGCUGAAGAACGAUUGAUUAGCUCUGACCCCAUCUGCAGUUGACUGGGAGAAGGAAGUCUGCUCUUAGCUUCUGUUGGCAGCCUUCACCAACCUGGUGCCCUCCAGAGGUUUUGGACUAGAACUCCCAUCAGCCCCAACCAGCAAGGGAAUUCUGGUCCAAUAGCACCAAGUGGCCCAAGGCUACUCUAUAGUUUGUCAGAAUGUUUAAAAGGGCAGGGGGAGGAGGAAGAAUCUAAUAAUUUCAGAGCAUUCUUAUUUUAAAAUCAUGGUGCAUUGAGUGAUGUCCAACAUUAGUCAUACUCAGACUGAUAGAAGUCAAUGGACUUACAUUAACUUACUUCCAUAUAUUUCAGUGGGUCUGCUCUGAGCAUCACUUAGCUGAAUAUCACCCUUCUAUCACUAUUACGUUUAAGGCUAGAGAAAGCAUUCUACUCUGGGUGUGAUGUGCACGCAUCCCCUGAUUCGCACGGGGGUUGCAUUCCUGGCCCCUGCGCAUGUCGGCGGAACACAUGUAAACCCACCCCUUUUCUGGGUUGUGGCGGUGAUGUGGGCACGCGCACGAUUGCAAGUGCAUUGAACAAGCAUAAAAUGGUUGUUGCCUAUAUGUUGUGUUUGCCAGGGAUCUGGGUAUGUAAAUGAAGCAAUCGUCCUUUACAAAGCCGCUGAGCCCUUCUGAUCUCUGUCUCAUUUCUCUUUCCCCUCCCGCUGUGUUCCUCCAGGGUAAAUUUAUACGGAUUAAUUUCGAUGUAGCUGGCUACAUUGUCGGAGCAAACAUAGAAACAUGUAUCCUUGCUUGUGGAGUUCCAUGGAUUUCGUUCAAAAACUAAGACUCCCCUGAGUUCUGUAGGCAAGAGAGCAAAGCCUGAAUUAGAAUAAAUAUGGGAUCCCGGAUGCGGCGAUCCCUGACAGCUUAGAGGCACCUGUGGAUCCUAGACCCAGGAAUUUCUGAUGGUGUUCUUAAAGCUUUGGGUCCCCAGGUGUCAUUGGACUACAGCUCCCAUCUGACUAAUCUGGCUGGGGGUGAUGGGUUUUGUAGUCAAACAGCAUAUGGGGGAGCCAAGGUUGAAGUGGUAAGCUAGGGAGUCUCAUAGCUGGCUUUGUGGAGUGGGGAUACGUGUUUCCAGAUGCAAUUGUCCUUCCUCCUUAACCCUGAGCCGCCCAGACCUGCUGGAGAAAUCGCGAGCCAUUCGCCAGGCCAAGGACGAGAGGACUUUCCACAUCUUCUACCAGCUCCUGGUGGGCGCCGGGGAGCACGUGAAAGGUAAACGGAUGCUGUGCACUCCCAGAGCAACAUGAAAAAGGAGGUCCAGUCAUCCUCCUCCCACGCUUUUGGACCUAGGCUUCCUAAAGCAGCAAGCAACAAACUCAAGGGAGAAAGAGAAGGGCAACGCUUUAGCCUUCUUGCCUCUCUGCAUAAAUCUGGAAGUGGAACUGGUGGGGAGGGCAAGGAUGACAGCAGUAGAAAAGCAAAGGUGGUCAUUGAUGACAGAGCAGCGUGUCUUACAGCACGGGGAGCUCCUGGGUGUGGGGAUUGGCCGGCGGAAGUGUGGCACCCUUGCCUCAGAGAUGCCUCUUUUUCCUCAAUGGCGCUACAGGGGAGCUGCUGUUGGAGCCCUUCAAUCAGUAUCGCUUUGUCUCCAACGGAUACCUGCCCAUCCCAGGACAGCAGGACAAGGAGAUCUUCCACGAGACCAUGGAGUCAAUGCGAAUCAUGGGCUUCUCGCACGAGGAGAUACAUUGUGAGUCGUGUGUGUGUGUGUUUGUGUAGGGGAUCAAGAGAACAGCUGUGAUCUGUCUAGCUUGGCCUUGGCCAGCUUGGUUGCCCUCCAGAGCUUAUGGACUCCAGCUCCCAUCAGCCCCAGCCAGCACAUCCAGUGGCUGAUGGGAGUUGUAGUCCAGAACUUCUGGAGGGCCCCAGGCUGGCCAAGGCUGAGAUAGCUGAUCACUAUUUGCUGACUGCGUCACACCACAUUCCUCUGGGGAUGUUCCCAGGCAGGGCGUGAUGGCGACACCCGUGACCUCCUUAAGUCGCUUUCAGCAUCCGGUGGGCAGAAACUUGCUGCUUUUGAACAUGAAACCUGUCAUUCUGGCCCAUGUGGCUGGUAGUCUCCCCAGUCGCCAUCUCCUCCCAUGUAUAUCACCUAAUCAGAAAUUAGUUUAGGUGUUUUUUUUUAAUUAAGAAAAAGAUGACAAAGUGACUUAAGAACCUGGACUAGGAAUCAGGAAGUCUUUGCUUCAGACUGAGACUCUGCUGUGAACUUGCAGUUCUAAACUCAGCCCUCCCAUACCGUGCAGAGAUAUAGAAAAUAAACAGUGCAGGGUUGUCACGUUACCUUGUUGCAUUUGGAGGACUUUGGGUGCUCUCAAGGUGUUGCAUGUGCUUCCGUAGCGGCUGCUGCCGCAUCCCAUUGGCAGUGAGCUUCACAGGUCUUUGCAUUUUCCUUCAACCUGCUCCCUUAGCCUCUUUUGGUGGAUGACCUUGGGUGUUUCAGUCUGCGCAGAGGGGUGGAGGCGGAAGCGUGCUCACACUAAAGGCCUUUAUUCCCCCCCCCCCAGGUAUGCUGCGGAUGGUCUCAGCUGUGCUGCAGUUUGGGAACAUCGUCUUCCGUAAGGAGAGGAACACAGACCAGGCCUCCAUGCCUGACAACACAGGUAGGAGCGGGGGCUCACCAGCCCUGAGAGGCAGGCAGCUGGAUUUGCGGGGACGGGCUCUAGCGGGAGGAAGCCUAUUUUGCAGUCAGAGCUCAGCCUGCUUUCUGGAAUAUAUAAAGCAGUGAUGGCUAAACCAUGGCCUUUCAGGCAGCUGAGACCCCCCAAGCAAAUUUUUCUGCCCCACACAAGACUCCACUCAUUUUGAUGGCAGCAGAAAGGGGGGGGAUUAAAGUAGACACAGCACUCGGGUGGGUAGAGAGGGUUAACCCUUUCUGCCCUGGCCUGCGUCCUGAUGGAGUCUGCCUCCUGCACAGUCAUUGGCUUGAGCAUGGGCGCGAGGAGGGGGCAGUAGCAGAUCUGCGUGGAUCAGCUGAGGAGUGUGUGUGCGCACACCCGUGUUAAUGCAACUUCAUGGGUAUGUUUCACCUUCUUAAAGUAACUUUCCAUUGUGUUUUAGUGAUUGGUCGUCUGUUUGCCUGAAUUUUUCACCCUGAGAUUGCAGGGGCAGUUUACCCAAAACCCCUGAGCACAGGGCUGGGGAACCUGGUGCCCUCCUGAUGCUGCUGGACAUUUGCCAUCUGCUCCAGAGAGCAGGGCCUCGCGGGGAAGGGUGUUAGGAGCCCAUCAACACCCGGAAGGGCCACACGUUUCCCCACCCAUGAUCCAGGUUAAAGAAAACAUACACAAGCAACCAUGAACAAAUGGGGGGGGGGAUACCCAUAAAACACUCUUAACAAAGUAAAAUGCACGUGGACUAGAAACUUCUUAAAAAAUAAGGGUUGUGCAGAGAGAAGCUAAGAUUAUUCAGAAUUGAAAUUCUGUGCAAUAGAUCCUAACUCCGGGAGCGCAUUUAACUAUUGGCUCAAGAGGUUAGGAUGAAUGAGUCUUGGGUUCUCUCAGGUCUUCUCCUGUGGCUGAUACGGUGCUGUGGCAGGGAGGAGGAAGGAUGAGGUAGUUGCUGUCCUUCUUUGGACUGGGCUGCAGGACUCAUCCUGUUACUUCCCAGCCUGCCACUCAGUUCUGCUUCUGCCAUUUAGCUGGGCUAGCAGCAACCAGGUCGUUGGGUGCGUAGGCAGAGGAGUUGGGCCAGCAAAGCCUUGGGUGGCCAGUGCGAGCCAGCAGGGGACUGAACUAACAAUGGGGUUGUUGCCGGCCUGUUCUGUGCCCUCUGCAGCCGCCCAGAAGCUUUGCCACCUCCUGGGCAUGAAUGUCACCGAGUUCACCCGCGCCAUCCUUACCCCGCGGAUCAAAGUUGGCCGGGACUAUGUGCAGAAGGCGCAGACGAAAGAGCAGGUUGGUGGCAACGUCUGGGGUUCUGGGGGUGCCAGGGGGCGGGAUUGGGUUGCCUGAAGCAUCAUUGUGGAGGCGGGCGGGAGGAGGUUUGAAGUGGUGAAAUGAGCCAAGCCUGGAGCCAUGCCUCCCUCUGCCCCCCCUUUCCAGGCUGACUUUGCGGUGGAAGCCUUGGCAAAAGCGACCUACGAACGCCUCUUCCGUUGGCUGGUGCAUCGGAUCAACCGGGCCCUGGACCGCACCAAGCGCCAGGGCGCCUCCUUCAUCGGUAUUCUGGACAUCGCGGGCUUUGAAAUAUUCCAGGUGAGGACCUGCAGCUGCUGAGCAUCCACCUUCCUUUGGUCUGCAUGUAAAUCCAUCCUUCUUAUCCAUUCCAUUAUCCUUUCCCCAAGCCCUUCCUGCUCUCACCUGUCCAUUGUAUUUGCCUUUGACCUUCGUCCCCGGAAGAAAAAGGGAGGAUGCUCCUCCUUGCUUCUCUUCUUUCUGACACGGGCUCUGUGCUGCUUUAGGGGAGGGGAGAGAGAAAGGAAGGGUUAAAGUUCAACAGGUGUACCUGUACCGACGCCACUGGAUGCCCAUGUGGCACUAGCUAGAUUGCUGCCUCUCGCAUCAAUCCAAAGGCACAGUGUUUAUGCCGGGAAUGAAGCCUUUUGAUGGUAGUUUCAUAACUGGGGUGUGUGGGGAGGAGCACAUCCGGUUUGUGCGUAGGGCAGGUAUAGACAUGCUUGGGCCAAAAGCACCUCUAAUGGUCUGGUUCCCAGCUGAUUGUCUGGGCUUGCAUAGCUCGCACAUGUGGUAUUUGAUUCCCUGCGUGGUUAAUUGAUUCCCUGCAUGGGUGAAAAGUCACCUGACAGUGAGGUUAGGUGAUCUACAGGUGAGUGUUUGGUGAUAUACAGGAGACCAUUUGGAGUCUCAUGUAGAAGCAGAAUUCACACAUACAUAUACACACAUGUGCAUAGAUAAACAUCUAUAUCUACACACACACGCGCAUUAAAAAUCAAGCAAAUGUACUCACAUAAAACCAGCACAAUAAUAAUGCAUCAGCAACAAUAAGUCAAAAUCCAAAGUUUUUAUUGCAUUCCAGAGGGAGAGGGAGCUUGGAGGGCCCCUGUAGGAGAGGGCUUCCUAAGUUGUGAUGCACCUACCAAUUUUAAUAUCCUUGAGCAGAAAAGGCAGAAGGAGCAGGGCCCUGUCUGGUUGUGACACAUGGGGAAUUUCAUGCGGGAGAAGAUAUUGUGGGGCACCUGAAGUCAGAGGUGUUCGCUCUUCUUGCCAGGAGCUGAUCUCCACCUGAAUGCUUGUCUUUCUCUCUCUCUUUCCUUCCCUCUCACUGCCCCCGCCCUGCAGCUGAAUUCCUUUGAACAGCUCUGCAUCAACUACACCAAUGAAAAGCUCCAGCAGCUCUUCAACCACACCAUGUUUGUGCUGGAGCAGGAAGAGUAUCAGCGAGAGGGUAUUGAAUGGAACUUCAUUGACUUUGGCCUGGACCUCCAGCCCUGCAUAGACCUCAUCGAGAGGCCGGUGAGCUGCCUGGGGAUGGGAGAAACGAGAUAAGAGACACACCGUGCUUAUUUGGGGAAAGUCUAUUCCAUUUAUAGGGAAGAGGCUUUCUUCUACAAGGUAUUGGCCGGGGUGGGAGAUUUUGAUCGGCACCUCAACAAUCUGACAUUUUUGCCCCAGUCUAUGAGGAGGUUCAGUGGAAUCUGCGCAUAGGAGCAUCACACAUGCUUCCUUUUUUGCUGUUUGUUUGUUUUAGCACGCACAAAAAGAAAGAAAUGCAAUAGCUGCAGGCUUCUCCCAGCAGGCAGAUGCAACAAUGGAGAAGGUUGCAGGAGACUCCACCACACUCCUUGGCAGCAAAUUCCACUGUCGAACAGCUCUUACUGUCAGGAAGUUCUUCCUAAUGUUUAGGUGGAAUCUUCUUUCUUGUAGUUUGGAUACUUGCAGGGAGGUUUUUGUCCUUUAAAAAAAAGCAAGCAUGCAGGAACAUCCACAAACACUAUUUUUCCCCUCCUCCCCGACCCAGUGUGUGUUUGGCUGAAUCACCUGGGACUGUUGGCACCCCUUGGCAGUGCACUUGCACCCCGCUAAUGACAUGGUGUGACCUGGAGUAUGUGGAUUGAUUUUCCUGUGAAAGCUGGUAGGCGGUUAGGAAUCUCAGCUCCAGACCUUUUUAUCUAGGCUGAUCCUACAACUAGUCAUUUAGGGUGUAAUCACCACACCUCUUUCACUCGCAUUUUAUAUUCCUCCCAUGUUUUCCUACGGAGUCUUCCUGGAGCUGGUGGGGUUCCCUUACCUUGAGAAAACUAGCUUAAGGGGGGGGGACCCGCAGCAGUAGCCCUGUGGGUGAUCCUUAGUGCUGUUUUACUGUCCUCUGGGAGGUGCAUGGCUUUGACAUGUUCAUUGACAUUCUUGGGGAGGAGGCAUGUUGUUCUAACACCUCCUCCCUUCAGGCAGAGCUGUGUCUUGAGCACCCCUUUCUGGUCAACACCAUUGCCGGGUGGGUUCUCUCACUCCCUGCAAAUACAGCAUUUUGACAAUUGUUUUGCUUUAAUAAAUGGCUCGAAAUCAUGGCGCAGGGAAUGGCAGUGGAAGUGUAGGCAUCCUGAUUUUGUUUAAAGAACCUUAUACAGUGGUACCUCGGGUUACAUAUGCUUCAGGUUACAGACGCUUCAGGUUACAGACUCCGCUAACCCAGAAAUAGUACCUCAUGUUAAGAACUUUGCUUCAGGAUGAGAGCAGAAAUCGUGCGGCGGCAGCGGGAAGCUCAAUUAGCUAAAGUGGUGAUUCAGGUUAAGAACAGUUUCAGGUUAAGAACGGACCUCUGGAACGAAUUAAGUUCUUAACCCAAGGUACCACCGUACACUUUUCCAGGCACUCAGUACAAUUGACUCUUUUCCAGUCUGUUUAUCCACACCCACAAACAACUCUUCCUAGUGAGGCAAUUUCAGCUUCUGCCUCAAUUUCCCCCUUGGGUUCCCUUGCUUAAUGGUUUUGGUUUUCCUCUGUCCCAGGCAAACCCCCCAGGGGUGCUGGCUCUGCUAGAUGAAGAGUGCUGGUUCCCCAAAGCCACUGACAAGAGCUUCGUGGAAAAAGUUACCCAGGAGCAGGGAACCCACCCCAAGUUCCAGAAGCCCCGGCAGCUGCGGGACAAAGCUGACUUCUGCAUCAUCCAUUACGCUGGCAAGGCAAGUUACCUCCACCCCACCCCCAUGCUGGGUUUCCCCCUAUUUGCUGACAGUCCUGGGCUCACUUGCAUCUUGUGGUUCUUCCUGCUAGGAGGCGAAAGCCCAGCUGCUGUGUUCUAGGUCUGCAGGUGUUGCUGGACUACAACUCCCAUCAUCCCUGACCAUUGGCUGGAGCUGAUGGGAGUUGUAGUCAGGUAUCACCUGUAGGGUACCAGAUUGACAAAGGCCAGUCUCGUGACCUAACUGCAGUGUCUAAAGGAGGGGGCUCAGAGCUCCGUAGUGGAGCUGAGGUCCCAGGCUGCAUCUCAGUUAACAGGGCUGGGAAAGGCCUAUUGCCUGAGGGCCUGGAUAGCUGCUGGCAGUCGGACUUUGGCCCCUUCUUUCAGUUUCAUUUCAUAAAAUUUAUAUACCGCUUGAUUCUAAGAAAACUUCUAAGUGGUUUACAGUGAUAUAAUAUUAAAAGGAUCAAAAAAAAAGCUUGCAUUUAAAAGAUUGGCAAAAUCAGUGCUUUUUUUGAGGGUCCAGGGGUAUGCACACCCCUAAACAUUUUGUGAAUCUUCGUGCUUUUGUCCAUUUACUGCAUUUAUUUCCCCCGAUUUGAACUAUAAAAUGGUGAUUUUCUUGAGUCAAUAUGAGAGUACCCCUAAACAUACUUUUUUUUUUAGAAAAAAAGCACUGGGUAAAACUAUGAGUAGCUAAAAUAAAAAUAAAACACAUGUAACUUCUUCAUGAGGGACGCGGGUGGCGCUGUGGGUUACAUCACAGAGCCUAGGACUUGCCAAUCAGAAGGUCGGCGGUUCGAAUCCCCGCGACGGGGUGUGCUCCCAUUGCUCGGUCCCAGCUCCUGCCCACCUAGCAGUUCGAAAGCACGUCAAAGUGUAAGUAGAUAAAUAGGUACCGCUCCGGCGGGAAGGUAAACGGUGUUUCCGUGCACUGCUCUGGUUUGCCUGGUUAGUCAGGCUGGCCACAUGACCCGGAAGCUGUACUCUGGCUCCCUCGGCCAAUAAAGCGAGAUGAGCGCCGCAACCCCAGAGUCGGCCACGACUGGACCUAAUGUCAGGGGUCCCUUUACCUUUACCUAACUUCUUCAUGGCUGGAUAGGCUUACUUAAGCGAAAAUGCCUUAAACAGAUGCUGAAAAAAGCACAGCAAAGGCUCCUGUCUGGCAUCAACAGGCAAGGAGUAGGUGCUGCCACAACAAAAGAUCGAUUUCUUACAAGCGCCAAAUGAGUAUUAUGUGGCACUUAUGAUCAGUAUGAGGCCCCUGACCACUUGCAUCCAAAGGAAUGUGGCCCUUGACCCCCCUCCCCCCCAAAGGUUGUCCACUUCUGUUUUUUUUUAAUAAGAUAUUUAUUAAGGUUUUUUAAAGUAUUACAAUAGAAAUGAAAAAGAAAAGAGAAAAAUACAAAAUAAAAACAGUUAAAAACACACAUAUUUUCAGUUACUUAUUUUCCUUUAGCUUGUUUCCGGACCUCCUCGUACCUCCCUUUUUGUAUUCCACUUCAGUUUAUUGGUUCAGCAAAUCCUUACCAUUAGAUUUUAACCCAUUUAUAACCCUUUUUUCAUAUUCUCUUAAAGCAUUACAGCUAGAAACCGCUUAAUUACUAUCCAACAUCAUUCUAUCAUUCAUGAAUUUUACAAUAUUUCUGUAAAUAGUCUUUAAAUUUCUUCCAAUCUUCUUCCACCGACUCUUCUCCCUGGUCUCGGAUUCUGCCAUUCAUUUCUGCCAAUUCCAUAUAGUCCAUCACCUUCAUCUGCCAUUCUUCCAAAGUGGGUAGAUCUUGUGUCUUCCAAUACUUUGCAAUAAGUAUUCUUGCUGCUGUUGUAGCAUACAUAAAGAAAGUUCUGUCCUUCUUUGGCACCAAUUGGCCGACAAUGCCCAGAAGAAAGGCCUCUGGUUUCUUCGCAAAGGUUGUCCACUUCUGGAGUAGACACUAUUGGGCUUAGAAAUGAACUGAAUGGUCCAACUUUGGGAUAUGGCGGUUUUAUCCCUGCACAUGGCUGGGUUGUGAUGCACCCAUAGGUCUGAUAUUUAUGCCUUUUCUCCUUCGCUCUCCCCCCUUUUCCUUUGAAAGGUUGACUACAAAGCAGACGAGUGGCUCAUGAAGAACAUGGACCCCUUGAACGACAACGUGGCUACGCUUCUCCACCAGAGCGCAGACAAGUUCACGGCAGAGCUGUGGAAAGAUGGUAGGGGGCCUGGGAAGAUCUAAGCUGAUCCGUUCAUAGGCCAUCUUCUGUCACCAGUGUCCUCCGGGCGGCUUGCAGGGAUUAAAACAAAAAAAGCAAUACAGUCGUGCCUUUGAUCCCUAAUGCCUUGGUACUCAGACGUUUUGGUUCCUGAACGCCGCAAACCCAGAAGUGAGUGUUCCGGUUUGCGAACAUUAUUUGGAACCGGAACGUCUGACGGGGAUUCUGUAGCUUCUGACUGGCUGCAGGAGCUUCCUGCUGCCAAUCAGAAGCUGCGCCUUGGUUUCUGAACAUUUUGGAAGUCGACCGGACUUCCGGAACGGAUUCUGUUCGACUCCAAGGUACGACUGUAUUGCAAUAGAACAAUGAAGAUAGUGGGUAGCUUUAAAACAGAGAGUUAACUCAAUAAUUAAUGAGUCACGGGGAGUGGGGAGCAGUUGCCUGCAUUGAAUCUGAGUCUCCAUACUUACACAUAUUAUUAACCUGUUUUAACUUAGUGGCCUGUAGAUCUUAAUAACUGUCAAUAUAACUUCUCAAAGCUGCUUGAAGCUCUCUCUUGUUGCUGCUGGUACUAACCACUUUGCUCUUUGCUCUUUCUGUUUCCUUCUAUCCUUGACCCACCUCUCUCUUUUCCCCCUGUAAUGGAUUGCUUUGCGAAACCUCACCUCCCCCUUCCCUGCCUGGCCCUGUCCUUUCUCCAGAGAUCCAGAACAUACAGAAGGUCUAUUUCUUUGACAGCUAUGCCGUGGCAUCUCAGGGUCCAGCAGAAAGUAUGUCCCUCCUUCCCACACAUGAGCCACCAGCAUGUAGGAAGGGAGGGCUAUAGGCAGGUUUAUGAGGGGGGAAGACAUGCACCCUCUUCCUCUUAAUAUCUGGGGUGCGGAACCAGGGGGACCUCUAGCUGUCACCCAACUCCCAUCAGCCUCAAACCAGUGUGGCCCAUGGUCAGGGAUGAUGGGAGUUGUAGUUCAGUAAUGUUUGGAGGGCCACAGGUUCCCCACCCCUGUUUAAUAUUUUCUAGAUGAGCCUUUUCCCCAAACUUGGGGAACUACAAACAGAUGGGACUACAUUUCCCAUCAUCCCCGACCACAGAAGCUGCUAGAUAGGAGUGAUGGGAGUUGUAGUACAACAGCAUCUGGGGACCCAAGGUUGAGAAAGGCUGGUUUAGACCAUGGGCGGGGAACCUCCGCUGUCAGUCUGCGACACCCACCAUCCCUGACCAUUGGCUAAGAGAGCUGAGGGUGCUGGGAGUUAUAGUACAACAACAUCUGGGGAUCCAAGGUUGUAGAACAUUGGUCUAGACCAGCCUUUCUCAACCUUACGUCCCCAAAUGGGACUACAGUUCCCAUCACCCCUGACCACUGGUCCUGCUAGCUGGGGGUGAUGGGAGUUGUAGACCCAAAACAGCUGGAGAACCACAUUUAGGAAACCCUGGUCUAGACCAUGGAUGAGGAACCUUUGGCCCUCCCAGUAUUUUCAGUGUCACAGCUCCCAUCAUCCCUGGCCAUUGGCCAUGCUGGCAGAAGCUGGAGUCCAUGAAUCUGGAGGGCCAGAGGCUUCCUAUCUGGGGUCUGGAUAAUUCAGAUGUGAUUUCCUUUACUAACAGUGCACUCCUGCGAAUUGGUUUAAUAAGUCCCAUUCUUUUAAAUAGGGCUUAGUCCCUGGCAAGUGUGCUGUGUUUUCAGGAGCGCAGCCUCAAAGCCGCUCGUGGACUUCAGAAUUAAAUUGCCGUGGUUUCUUUUCACUCUCUCCGCUCUGCCCCACAUGUCCUCUGGGUGCUACCUGGGCAUGACGCUCCCUUUCCUCUCUGCAGUAUCUAAACCAACAGCAGCCCAAGAGCACCUUGAGGCUUCUCCCUUCAAAGGCCCACUGAGGCAGAUGGGAGCAAACAGGCCCUCAGGACUGCUGGGAAACACUCGCCUUGUUUUCUUCUGCUCUCCAACGGCAGUUUAAAUUGUGUGGAUUAAGAAAGCGGAGGUGUGAGAAGGGGCUCAUUGAAACUUGUUUCAAUGUCCCUUGAGGGCUGGGUUUCCACUGUCCUUCGUCACAUCCGCUCUGAAUGUUUUAUGUAUAACUUAAGUGGGUUGGGAAAGGCCAUUGGCUCCAGGUGGCUUCCGUUCCCUCAGGGAGGGCUCAGAGGGGUUUGGGCAGUUGCAAUGGGUGUUACGUGGGGUUGGGAGGGAGGGAGGAAACCCACAGAUUCCUGCAUUUCCCCCUGGGGAGUGGGCUGGAAGUGCUGGACGUGAGCUGAGAAGCCCCUUCCCCCUGUUCCACAGUGGACCGAAUUGUAGGCCUGGACCAAGUGAGCGGGAUGGGAGACCUUGCCUUCGGCUCCUCAUACAAGACGAAGAAGGGGAUGUUCCGGACGGUGGGGCAGCUGUAUAAGGAGUCUCUCUCCAAGCUCAUGUCAACCUUGCGCAACACCAACCCCAACUUUGUGCGCUGUAUCAUCCCCAACCAUGAGAAAAGAGUGAGUUGCUCAGGCGACAGAGGCCUGUAGUGCGUAUGAGUGUCCUGGCAUUGAAGGGAGCCCAUCGGAGAAUGUCGCUUCUGCUCUGAAGCAGGGGAGGCCUCCUUCUCUGUCAAAAGCAGGCCCAAGCCUGCCUCUGGGUGAAAGGGGAAGGGAGUUUCUUGGCCAAAGGGCUGUGUGGAGACCUCUGAGUGUCUGGAGGCGGUUGGAGGAUGCCUGGCGGUCGUUGGAUUGAGGCUGAAUCCCAACAAGACAGAUGUACUGUUUCCGAGGGAGACAAGGGCGGGCGGGUGUGGGGAACUCCCUGGUCCUGAAUGGGGUAACUGUGCCCCUAAAGAACCACGUGCGCAGCCUGGGGGUCAUUUUGGACUCACAGCUGUCCAUGGAGGCGCAGGUCAAUUCUGCGUCCAGGGCAGCUGUCUACCAGCUUCAUCUGGUAUGCCAGCUAAGGCCCUACCUGCCCGCACACAUUCUUGCCAGAGUGGUACAUGCCCUGGUUCUGUCUGACUUUAGAAGACAACUAAAAUAGGGAAGUUUUUAAUGUUUGAUGUUUUACUGUGGUUUUAUACUUUGUUGGAAGCCGCCCGGCAGUGGCUGGCGCAACCCAGUCCAAUGGGCGACAUAUAAAUAAAUUAUUAUUAUUAUUAGUAGUAGUAGUAGUAGUAGUGCACAUCUCCCAUGAGGGAUGAUGGGGAUUACACUCUCGGUAACUUUAGUCGCACCACAGGCCCUCCAUCCUUGGCAUGCAGUGGCUAGAAUGUUAGACAGGCCAGGGAAACCUGAUUCGAAUCCUCCUCUGCCGUGGUAGCCUUGGAAAACUGGUCCAGUCCCACCUCGCAUGGUUGUUGGGAAGAUUAAUGAGGGAUAGCUCCCCCACAUACCACCCUGGGCUUCCUGGAGGGUGGGCAAGGUAUAACUAAGAGAACAAGCAGUAUUACUCUGCUUCCUGAAGUGCCCUCUGACAGGUCCUGCUUCUUCCCGGCUCCUAUUACAGGCUGGAAAACUGGAGCCACACCUCGUGUUGGACCAGCUACGCUGCAACGGAGUCCUGGAGGGAAUUCGCAUUUGCCGCCAGGGCUUUCCCAACCGCAUCAUCUUCCAGGAAUUCCGGCAGAGGUACCCGGAGGACUUGAGGGAGGCCCGGCCUUAGUUAGGAGGGCAACGGGCGUGUGCCCAGAGGGGUCUGCCCCUGUUCUCAGCCCCUGAGGCUCGGAUCCACCAUGGGCCUAACUCAUCCCUGGUAUCUGAGGGUGUUAACGUCAAGCUCAAGUGUGCGUGGUGUCCAUGCGAUUUGUAACCUCCCUGCUUUCUCCUUCUCUCCCGGCAGGUAUGAGAUCCUGACUCCAAAUGCCAUUCCUAAAGGCUUCAUGGAUGGGAAACAGGCCUGCGAACGCAUGGUACGUGGGGCUCUCUGGCCAGGGCGAUGGGGCAAUGUGGGCUAGAACGGGCCCAGAUGCAGAAAACCAGAAUGUCCUACCGACUAAUCCCUCCCACCCCCCAAAAAACCCACCUUCUGUUUCUUUUCAUCCUUACAGAUCAAGGCCUUGGAACUGGACCCCAACCUCUUCCGCAUCGGCCAGAGUAAGAUCUUUUUCCGCGCUGGCGUCCUUGCUCACCUGGAGGAGGAGCGGGACCUGAAGAUCACAGAUAUCAUAGUCUCCUUCCAGGCAGCUGCCCGCGGAUACUUGGCCCGCAAGUGAGCACGGAGCCGCUAUACUGGGGCAAAUUGCCCGUGGGCCACUUUAAAGCAGGAUGUCAUCAGAUUCUGGGGCAGGGAACCCAGAGCUGUACAGGAGGUAGUGAUGGACUCCCAACUCCCAUCAGCCCCAGCCAGCCUGGCCUAUUGGUCAAGGAUGAUGGGAGUUGUAGUCCAAAAACACCUGAGGGGGUCAGAAUUCCCCCCAUCCCUGACAACAGAGGAGUAGACAGUUAUAGAACUGUAGUAUUGGAAGGGACCCCAAGGGACAUCUAGCUCAACCCCCUAGAGAGAUCUGUGAGCAAGUGUUUGGCCUGUUGCAGGGGUGCCUCUGUGCGCCUCUGGUGAAGCUGUCAUGGCUGCCACUACACACACACCGCAACCAAGCAGAGGCCGUAACCUGUUCUGUCAGCUGUAGAGCAGCCAGUUAGGCUUCUUUCAAGCCUGAUUGUACCAGAGGGGAGAAGUGGGGGAAAGGGAAAGGAAUGUGUGGGCACCAGGGAAGCAGAUACGUGUGUCAUUCCGGAGUCGUGGGUUCAAACCCCGCGUUGGAUGAAUGAUUCCUGCAUUGCAGGGGGGGGUGGACACAGUGACCCUUGUGGCCCCUUCCAACUCUGCAAGUCAAUGAUUCUGUGAUUCUGCCCAUGGGGUCCAUGUUGGCAGCCUCUGGCUUAGUACGCUUGGGAAGCCAGAACUUCUGGUAUUCCCUGGAGAGGGGUUUUCACUUCAUCCGCCGCCAGUGCUUGGGUGGAACCUCUGUGACUGGCCAUGCCCUCUUCUCGGGAAUCUUGUGACGGGACCCAUGACUCUUCCUCAGAACUCUUCAUUGGGCACACAGAGUCCCUGGGCUAGGAGAUUGCUCUCCACCUGGCUCCCUGACCGCCCUCAGUAGGCCUUCUUCCUUUUGUCUCCUCUGGAGUCAGAAACCUAUAUGAACCAAGCCAGCUGCAAACACAGCUUCACUGGUGGGCUUUGCAUGGAGGGUGGAGGGGAGGGUAAGGAAUUACAGAAGGUUCCAGCAUUGCAGGGGGUUGGACUGGAUGGGGGUCCCAGCUCUACGUUUCUAUGAUACUACAUGCGCAGAGCCCUGGCUAAGGUACCUAACCGUGCUUUUCUGACUGUGUACACUUCCCUCUCCUCUCAGAGCCUUCAUAAAAAAGCAGCAGCAGAUGAGCGCUCUCAAGGUCAUGCAGCGUAACUGCGCCGCCUACCUCAAGUUGCGCCACUGGCAGUGGUGGCGCCUUUUCACCAAGGUGGGUCAGGCGGCGAUGCUAAGGACGGGGGUGUCUCAUAGGACAUCAGGCAUGGUUUGGGGAAGAGCAGCCUCACGGGCCAACUUGAGACCUGUCCCAUGGAGGGCGGAGGUUCUUCCUUCUCAACCCCCCCACCCCAACCUCCCACUUUGGCUCUCUCAACACCUUCCCCUCCUUUUCUUCCUCCUCCCCUUUUCCCCAGGUGAAGCCCCUGUUACAGGUGACCCGUCAGGACGAGGUGAUGCAGGCAAAGGCAGUGGAGCUGCAAAAGGUGCAGGAGAAACACGUGAAAACCCAAAUGGACCUGAAGGAACUGGAGAACAAAUACCAGCAGGUGAGCAGGGAGAGUGGGAGGAGCCAGGAGUCCUCAGCCAUUAAGCCGCACCUCCUCUCCUGACAUCUGCAGCGGAAGCCCCACCCCCUUCUCUUUCAACCAUUCACUUGGACUCUCCUUGCAUUGCCCUCCAUAUUGGCCUUCCUGCCUGCCUACUCCGUGUCCUGAAACAGAUUUUAUAAUAGGUCCGCCUGAACUCCUUUUUCUGUUGGGUCACAUCCACACCAUAAGCACUCUUAUAACACAUUAACAGUCAUGGCUCCCCCCACCCAAAAAAAGAAUCAUGGGAACUGUAGUUUAGCCCUCCCAGCAACCUUGGCAAACUACAGUUCCCGGGGCUCCACACCUGUGGUGUACGAGUGCAUUAGUUGUAUGGCGCAGGUGUGACCUUUCAUUUGUGAGGACUGCAUCCUCCUCCUCCUCCUCCUCCUCCUCCUCCUCCUCCUCCUCCUCUAUAAUUCACACUGCUUGUACGUUCCGCGUCAAGCUUCUACUCCCCACUGCUUAAAUGCCGGGAUUGGGAUAAAACCUUCCUUACUUAAUGGUUUGCUGUACCCUAACGUCCUGAGCUAGGCUCCAGGGGGAUCUGAUGCCUGUCCCUCCUUGCUCCUUGAUCCCGUUUCCGUGGCUAGCUCUCGGAGGAGAAGGCCAUCCUGGCCGAACAGCUGCAGGCGGAGACGGAGCUGUUUGCCGAAGCCGAGGAGAUGCGGGCGCGGCUGGCGGCCCGGAAGCAGGAGCUGGAGGACAUCCUGCACGAGCUGGAGUCGCGGGUGGAAGAGGAGGAGGAGCGUUGCCAGCAGCUGCAGGGGGACAAGAAGAAGAUGCAACAGCACAUCCAGGUGAGUUGGGAAGAGAGGACCGUCCACCACCACCAGGAGGAGCAAAGGAGGAGGGCAGCUGCCGCCCACUCCCUUGCGGGAAGGCGGCUAAAUUGAUCCAUGCAGCUAUACGUUAGGUGUGGUGGGUGGAACGAAGCAAGAGUUUUGCUUCAUCUGCUAACGUUUGUGCAGAAAUCGGCUUUUCUCGGACCAAGCUUCUAAGGGCAUGCACAGAGAGAGAAGGUUGGUUGUUACCAGGUUAGUUGUGACGCUGAACGGGGCCUUCUCAGUGGUGGUGCCUCAGUUGUGAAAUUCCACUCCUAUAAAGGCCUACCAACCAAAUCCCUUUAAAAAUCAUCUUUAAAAAUAGGUCCUGGUUUUGUUGUGAAAUACAGUCAAACCUUGGUUGUCAAACGUAAUCCGUUCCGGGUGACUGUUCAACUUCAUAAACGUUCGACAACCGAGGCAUGGCUUCUGAUUGGUUGCAAGAGCUUCUUGCACUCAAGCAGAAGCCAUGUCAGACAUUCCGAAAAACAUUCGAAAACCAGAGCAUUUACUUCCAGGUUUUCAGCGUUCAGGAGCCGAAACAUAUGAUAACGGAAGUGUUCGAGAACUGAGGUUUGACUGUAAAUGCUUUUGUUUAUGGCAUCUGCAGAGCCCUUAGGGUGACUUGCACAGUCAUCCUUGCGUCAGUCCUGUGCUGCAGGGUAGACUUGGGGGUGAGCGACUGCCCUGAGGUCGCCCAGUGAACUUUGUAGGUGAGCAGGGAUUUGAACCUGGGUCUCCCUGGUCCCAGUCCAGCCACUACACUGGGCUUGAAUAUUCUGCUAACCCUGCUGCUUUGUUGAGGCAGUUCCAGGGCUUGAAAUAACCGCUCCGCUUCUUUUAUAUGGCCCGCUUCUUUACGUAUGCCCAUUGUCCCCUGCUCUCCCUCCUCCCUCGUAGGACAUCGAAGAGCAGCUGGAGGAGGAGGAGGCCGCCCGGCAGAAGCUGCAGCUGGAGAAAGUGAGCACGGAAGCCAAGAUGAAGAAGAUGGAGGAAGACCUGCUGGUGCUUGAAGACCAAAACUCAAAACUGCACAAAGUGAGUUGGGGGCCUUUCCUGCUGCAGCCUCCCCACCUCUGGCACAAAGCAGAAAAAGGCGUUAUUUGUGGUGUGGUUUUUUUUGCCUGCCUGCCUGCCUUGUGUUUCGUGGCCCAUCCUUGCUCUGGUGGGCAGCCCUUUGGUUGCUUCUGUUCAUAUAUCUAAAAUUUUAUUAGUUUUUUAACAUAUAAUAUUCAGCAGUAAUUAAACAUACUUUUACAUCUUAUUCGAUUUUUUUUGACUUCCACCAGUCCUGUCUGAAAAUUUUCCAGUCUAAUCUCUUAGUAUGCAUUUCUUAUUUUCCCUAUUGCAUUGCAGUCUCAUAAUCAAUAUCUCUAUCUUUUUCUACUUUGUAACACUUCGUAUCUUUCUCCUUACAAAACUUCUUGUAGUCCUACUAGCGUGGUUGCUUCUCUUCUCAAGCGCUUCAGCAAGUUACGUUUUAUUGUGUUUGUUUAGAGUUGAAAACCGAUAAUAUAUAUAUAUAUAUAUAUAUAUAUAUAUAUAUAUAUAUAUAUAUAUUAAAAAGAGGAGGAACCUCAGCCUGCUGCUGCUGCUUUGUGAGGAGCAGACUGCCCUUGGUGCGGGGGGGCGGCGGAUUUAAACUAUUAAACUCCACAGUUGCAGAGAUGGAGAGAUAGAGGUGAAGAGGGGGCUAUUUGGGGGCCCUAGAGACACUUCCAAGCUCCUGCUGGUUUUGGGGGGCUGUUUCACUCAUAUACCAGCUAGUUCAGGCAGCGCAACUACAAGCUGGAUUGGAGCUCUUGCUCAACAAGCCUUGUCCCCCCUAAAAAAAAGAUCAGAUGUUUUGCAGUAAGGAAAGUUAACAGGGAAAUGCUGGAUCACCUCUGCUUUGGCCUGCUUUGUCUGACCUUUCUGCAAAUGAAUUGGGGUGGGUGCUCAAUAAAGCAGCUUGUCUGGAAGUGAGAUCUAGGAGGAGGCGGAUGGGUAAUAGAAAUGUUGGCUAGGUCAGGACUCUAGGAGCCUGGACUCCUGGGUUUCCUGGAAGUGUUAGGCAUAUUUGGAUCCUAACCCCCACCCACCCUGUGUCUUUUUACACCCACUGCCUUCACCAGGAGAGGAAGCUGAUGGAGGAACGUCUCUCCGAGUUCACCUCCCAUAUGGCAGAGGAGGAGGAGAAGGUGAAGAGCCUUUCCAAACUGCGCAACAAAUACGAAGCCGUCAUCGCCGACAUGGAAGGUGCGUCUGGGAACGGGAGUACACAGAGGUGGGGGGCGGCCUAGAUUUCUUCCCUGGGCACUUCAGACGCCAGGAAUCGUAUUCCUUUGGUGUGGCAAUUGAAAACUGGCCUCUUUGGGGAAGUGCUUCUUUGGGGAGGUGUCUGUCCCUCCCCUACCAACUGGCAGCCUCUUGGCUAAAGUCCGUGCACAGAGAAUGAGCUGCGCAGGGUGUUGGUGGGGCCACAGCUUGGUAGGAGAGCACAUGCUUCUCCUGCAGAGAGUCCCAGGUUCGCUCCUUGGCAUCUCAAAAGGAAGACAACUGGGGAAAGGGAUUCCUGCCUGAAGUCCUGGAGAUCCUGUUGGUGCAGGCCAGGGUUUCCCCAAACUUGGGUCUCCAGCUGUUUUUGGACUACAACUCCCAUCAUCCUUAGGUCAGGGAUGAUGGGAAUUGUAGUCCAAAAAACAGCUGGAGACCCAAAUUUGGGAAACCCUGGUGUAGACCAAGACCGGGCUUAGCCGAUAACAUAACAAGAGCCCUCCUGGAUCAGGCCAGUGGCCUAUCUAGUCCAGCAUCCUAUUCCCACAGUGGCCAGGCAGGUGUCCUUACUGGAAGCUCCAAAGCAGUUCCUGAACGCAGCUCCCACACUCUCCACUUGCGAUUCCCAGUAACUAGCAUCCAGAGGCUAUAUUACACUGCCUCUGACAGCGGAGGUGGAACAUUAGGGACCAAUUUUGGGCUCUGGUUAGGGAUGGGGAACAUGUGGCCUUCCCAGGCAAUGCUGGACUACAACUCCCAACAUCCCUGGCCAUCAGCCACGCAGGCUGUGGCUGAUGGGAGCUGGAGUCCAGCUGCAUCUGGAGGGCCGCACGUUCCCACCAGCGAUGAACAGCCUGCUUCGUGUGCUUCUGCAAUGGGGGCGUCCUGUUUCCUUGCUUGACCUUUCCCCCAUUCUCCCCUCCCUUCGCCCUUCUAGAUCGGCUAAAGAAGGAGGAAAAGGGGCGCCAGGAGCUGGAGAAGCUGAAGCGCAAGCUGGACGGGGAGGCUGGGGACCUGCAGGAGCAGGUGGUGGAGCUGCAGCAGCAGCUGGAGGAACUCCGGCAAGCGCUGGCAAGGAAGGAAGCCGAGCUACAGGCAGCGCUGGCCAGGUAAGUGUGCCAGGCUGGAGGCUCCUGCCUGUUUGGCAGUGGAGGCUGAUUCAACAGGGCACUGCCCAGCCAGCCUCACUCUCCCAUCUGCUGGUAAGCUAGGCUGGCUGCAAGUAGCCUCAAGGUGGAACUCUUCCUUCCCAUUUGUUAGGAUUCUUUUUUGUGGGUAUCCAAGAAUCAACAAGGGAAGCAGAAAUGCGUAAGAGUUUAAGCGCCCUGCCCUGCAGAUGGUUGUUAUGGCUUCCUCAUAGGGAAUCCCUUAGAGCAGGGAAUAGGCAGAAGGUAGAUAUGGGGAUCUGCUGGAAGAUCUCAGGGUGGCUUUUGCAGCAGAUCUCAUCAAGGAUGCCCGGCUCUUGGUCGUCCAACAAGUAGCAAUGACUUUUCCUUCCCAAUUAGGCUUCUGAAACGAAGGAAAGCAUUGGUGGAAACUAUGAAUGGACUUUUUUGUGUGUGGAAGGACUUUGAUCUCCACUCUGGUACUUGGGACACAUUCCUGGGCAGCUGAGAUGCACUCAGAGGGGCACUUGUCUUUUAAUUCUAAGCAUAUGCCUGCCCCUUUUAAAACCCACUGUUUUGCACUUUGCUCCAGCUAGUGGACCUUGAGGGUUCUAGGGUGAAACAAAGCUGAUACCCUGACUUAGGGCAACCUAACUAACCAAAGUCAUUAACCUAUGACUCCCAAGCAUGGCUUAGAAAGAAACUUCCUUAAAUUUCUGAAGUAUAGGUACAACUUUGGGUUAGAUUCAGGGGAACACAAUUGCUCCUCUGUGCCUCUUUGGCAUCCUGCAAAGAUCUUCCUCUCUUCCCCUUUUGGGUGCCUGCUGCCUGCCACUAGCUUUCCUCCUCCUCGCCCUCCUCCCCGCUGCCCCCCUUUCCCUCCGGCCCACCCUCAGCCUGGCCCUCUCGCCCCUCUGACCUUUCCCGCCCGCCUUGCAGGGUGGAGGAGGAGUCCGCGCAGAAGAACGCCGUGCUGAAGUCCCUUCGCGAGCUGCAGGCGCAGCUGGCUGAGCUGCAGGAGGACAUGGAGUCCGAGAAGGUGGCCCGCGCCAAAGCCGAGAAGCAGCGGCGGGACCUGGGCGAAGAGCUGGAGGCCCUGAAGACAGAGCUCGAGGACACCUUGGACUCGACGGCCGCGCAGCAGGAGCUACGGUAAGGGCCUGGUGGCAGCCGGCAGUCCUGCCUGGACCCGGAGGUGGCCGCACCUGGGGAUAAGUAAGCCGACAGGAGGCAGAGAUGGCCAUCGACUUGGAUGGUUUUGAAGGAGAGGGCUGGACAGACCCAUGGAAGACAAGGCUAUCCAGUGAUUGCUAGCCAUAAGGACUGGGUUCUGCUCCACAGCCAGAGGCAGUAAUGUGCCUGAAGGCCAGUUCCUGGAAACCGCAGGAGGGGAGAAUGGGCUCUUGCGCUCAGGUCUUGCUUGUAGGAUCUGGCCAGUCACUGUGAGAAAAAGAUGCUCGACUAGAUGAGCUUCUGACCUUGAUCCAACAAGGCUCUUAAAUUCUCCCCUACUCCCUUAGUGGUCUCUCCAGGGCAAGCCCGCCUCACCCUGCUAGCCUCACCCUGAUCCCGUCCUUUCCCUUCCCCUGGCAGGUCGAAGAGGGAGCAAGAAGUAACUGAGCUGAAGAAGACCAUUGAGGACGAGGUCAAGGUGCACGAAGCCCAGGUGCUGGAGAUGCGCCAGCGGCACACGUCUGCCCUGGAGGAGCUGUCGGAGCAGCUGGAGCAGUCGCGCCGGGUACGGGGCUGGGGGUGGGGGUUGCCGGGAUGUUUCUGGGGGAUUACAGAAAGGUGAGAGGGAGCUGGUAAGAGUGGAGAUACGGAGAAUCUGUGGGGCCUUCUUGGACUGCAGCAGCUCCCAUCAUCCAUUGGCCAUGUCGGCUGGUGAUGGAGUUGGAGCCCAACAAGAUGUAGAGGCUGAGAAGCUGGAAGGCUCUGAGAGCCAGAGAUCGGGAAGGCCUAAGACCAAGGGUGGCUUGGUUUUCAGAGGCAGGGAUGGGUUAGGAGAGGCCAACGGCCCAGAAAAAAGGGAGGGUCUGCCCCUAGUUAUCAUUUAUUUAUCUAUUGCAUUUAUGCCCCACCUUUCCUCCAAGGAGGUAUAUACAUGGUUCUCUUCCUACCCAUUUUAUCCCCACAAAAAAAACCCUGUGAGGAGGCUGUGACUGGCCCAAGGUUCACCCAGGGACCUUCCUGCCUGAGCAGGGAUUUGCACCCUGCUCUCCCCCAGGCCCUAGUCCAAACACUCCGACCGCCACACCACAUUGGCUCUCCUCUGGAGAACACUCAAGCAGAGAGAUUUUUUUAAGAAGUCAUACAUCCCCCUGAAAUAGGUCUGUUAAGUCCUUCAGCCCAGUUUUAAGCACAUCCAUUCGGUGAGCCCAGCAGGAUUCAACUUGCCUUAGUAAGCCUGCUUAAGGAUCAUGGAGGGGAGAGAGCAAGCAGUGCCCCAGAGCCAGGCCCUCGGCGGGUUCUGAUGUCUUUUCUUCCCCCCCACCAGUUCAAAGUUACCCUGGAGAAGACCAAGCAGGCCCUGGAAGGGGAGAACGUGGAGCUGCAGAAGGAGGUGAAGGUCCUGCAGGCAGCCAAGCUGGAGUCGGAGCAGCGGCGCAAGAAGCUGGAAAGCCAAGUCCAGGAGCUGCAGCUGCGGGCCACGGAUGGUGAAAGAGUCAAAGCUGAGCUUAUGGAGAGGCUGGGGAAGCUGCAGGUGUGUGUGUGUGUGUGUGUGUGUGUGUGUGUGUGUGUGUGUGUGUAAGUGUGUGUGUAAGCGCGCUCUCUGAAGACAACCAUCCUUCAAAUUGCCUUCUCCUUCCACUCCCAGUUCUCAUUUUCCAAAUCUUUUUACCCAUGUAGCCUCCCAGGCUUAUUAAGGCUCUCGUGUCUCUAUAGCUGUCCUCUGUACCUUGCAGGAUUUGUGCCGAGUCAGCCCACAAAUUCUAUGUUUAGAAUUAAUUGCACAAGAUAUUAAGUGCCCCUAUAAGUGCCUGCGUAAUUCUGCUGCAGAUAUUGAGAUGUUUAGGGGGGAGGGAAGUUGAGCAGCUGCUGGGGGUGGGAGAUGGCACCAAGAUGGUAAGACGGCAAGUAAAAACGGAGGGGAAGAGUAGGUAACAGUCACCGAAACAGCCCUGGCAGCCCAAAAUUAUACAAUGCUAUGCCCAGUUGCCAAUCUGUUUCCUGAGCCCCAAACGGCUUUCAUGGUUUAUAAAGCCUUUCUGUGCAUUCACAAGGACUGGGAAUAGGCAUUUUAAAAAUAUAUAAAAGAAAGCUGAAUUUCUCAGAAUUCCACAUUGUGCACCAAUUACCAGAGUGGGUUACUUGCUUGUUUGGUGGAUGCAUAGAAUACACAACCAGAGUCUUAUUUUUAACUUUUGACUUGUGAUAGAUGGAUGUUUUGAUUUCCCUUGAUGCAUUUGGACUUUUAUCUUUGGUAUGUGUAUGUGUCUGUCUCUCCCCGUCUGUCUGCUGCCUUCGUCUCCCGGAAACAGAACGAACUCGACGGAGUCUCCGGUACCCUUGGAAGUGCAGAGUCCAGGGCGAUAAAGCUUGCCAAAGAUCUGGCCAGUGUAGAAUCCCACCUGCAAGAUUCCCAGGUACAUGGCAAAACCUGGGAAUGCGAGACAGAGAGAGGCUGGACCCUGGAUGAUAGAGGGUGGUGGUUUGUGCCGGAAGGUGGGGGCAAUACUCAGAGGGCAAGAACAGAGAAUCCCUUGAGGUUUAGGGACAAGGGGAAAGAAUGUGUAAAGGGUAAGAAGCAGUUUCAGCUUGUAAAAUGUUGCUUUAUGUCCCAAGCAUAGCCGUGAGUUCACAAAGCAAUAUUGGACAAGUAAGUCACCGUUACAUUUGGCCUCUGUUUUUCUGUUUCUGUAAAUGCGAAUGAAUGUGUUCUGUCUCAUAGGGUGCAGCAAGAUGAAAAUUUGUAAAGUACCUGCAUAUUCCACAUGCUAAAAGAAAAAGUAUUCUCCCUGCUCACAAAUACAUUUUAUCAUUAAAUAUUAGUGGCCUGUGACAAAAAUAGGCUGUAAACAGCUAGGAACCCAAUGUAUCUACUUGUAAAACAACCUCGGAAAGAAGAUCUGCCUGGAACUCUCUUAAUGUUAGGAGGGGCAGGCACUAAUGAGCAUUGCUAGAUAGCAUGUAACGUCAUUUGGGGGCCACGAGUAAAAAGACCAUGCUCCAUCCUUUCAUGCUUCUGCCACCUGCCAUAGAGGCAGGUCUUGUAAUGCGUUAGGGCUUAAUUGCACCUAGUCCCUGUCUUAAGUUCCCCAGGAGAGCUCUAGUAGGUGCAGAGAGAACAGUGGGCUGAGAGCUGGGGCACCUGAUUUCCUGAGAGGGGAAGAAGAGGAGUAGAUCUGGACAGGUUUGGUCUCUUAGCACAUGUCCUUUAACCCCACUUCUCAAUCGCAGGAACUGCUCCAAGAAGAGACGCGGCAGAAAUUGAAUCUGAGUUCUCGAGUGCGGCAGCUGGAAGAGGAAAAAGCGGGUCUGCUGGAGCAGCUAGAGGAGGAGGAGGCUGCCAAGGGGAACUUCACCCGCCAGAUCCAGAGCUUACAGCAGCAGGUGGGAAACAGAAGUGGUUGACAGGCAGUCCUUCACCGCCAUACACAAAGUGUGAGCCAAAAGGAAAAAUCAGGUGUCAUUGGCUCUCGUGGGUCCACCAGAGAAGGCAUGUCGGACAAGCUUUUAUCUGAAGUCAAUGGCUUUCUCUAAGGAGAAAUGGAAAGAUCAAGGCUUCCUUGCCCCCUUUCUCCCCUGUGGAUUGAACUGGGGAAAUGUAUAUCCUGGCCCAGUUCUGCCAGAUCACUUUCUUUGGACCUGCACACAAAAGGGAAGAGGGACUUGGUUUCUCUGCCACCUCUUUCCUGGCACCAGGGCUUGGAAAAGUGCCCCUGCAAACGUAACUAGUUGGUGCUCCAGCCGAGGUGUGAAGUGGAAAGCGAGUUGCUGCUUUGCUCUCCGUGGGGAGAGGCAGCUCAGCUUGCCUUCCCCUUUCAGCCAGAGAUUUGCUGGGAAAUAUGUUAAAAAAUUAUAACGGAACAUGAUAUCUGGGUAAACACAUGCUAAUAGAGUUCUUUUUUAAAAGAAAGAAAAGUCAUUUUGCAUCAUCAGCAUUUGAAGAAAGGAAGAGAGGGGGCUGAUAAAUCGGUCUGGGUGGAACUGGGGCUUUUGCUGCAGAAGCCUCUCAUAAACUUGACUUCCGAAGUUCCCAACACCCCUUUGGUUAGCCUGGCGCUGUGCGGACAGUGUGUGACUUCCCCUGUGGCCAUUCCGCCAGGUGAUGGAGACCAAGAAGAAGCUGGAGGACGAUGCUGGGGUAGCCGAAGCAAUAGAGGAGGCUCGGCGCCGGGCAGCCAAGGACCUGGAGGCCCUCUCCUUGCGCUAUGAGGAGCGGGUCCAGGCCUGCGACAAGCUGGAGAAAGGACGGACUCGGCUGCAGCAGGAGCUGGACGAUGUCACCGUCGCCCUGGACCAGCAGCGCCAGGUGGUCUCCGCCCUCGAGAAGAAGCAGAAGAAAUUUGACCAGGUGAGGCCUGUGUUUCCCCCAUCUGGUCUUUCUGCCAAUUAGCUGUUCUGCAGUUUGCCCCUCAGUCACUGCAGUUGGCUAUACACUGCUUCCCGACUGGGGAAAUAGAUGUCUCUUCCCCUGCACACAAACAGCCCCUGUUCUAAUUCAGUUCUAAAAUGGCUUUGUGUACCUGAAAAGUGGUGUCUCAAAAACUACGCCCACGACAAGUCUUUCUUUGGCUUAGAAAAACCAUUAACUUAAACAGGUCUUUCACCUGUGAUUUGGAACUAUUCCCCUCACAAUGGGAUCUCUUUAUUCCUGUCAUUUUGGAUACCAUUUCCCCCCACCUUCCCGUCUUUAUCUUAAUAGUAACCUGCAUUCCUGCAUCUCUCUCUCUCUCUGCUGCGUCUGGCAUCCCCAAAAAUCCUAAGUUGAACCCAAUUCUCCGCUGCCCAGUCAAGGACAGCUUGGUCACUGUUUACAUUGAGGCCUCUUUGGAUCAUUGACAGAUGCUGGCCGAAGAAAAGCUGAUCUCUGCCCGCUACGCCGAGGAAAGGGAUCGAGCAGAAGCAGACUCCCGGGAGAAGGAGACCAAGGUGCUCUCGCUGAGUCGCGCCCUGGAGGAGGCUCUGGAGACACGGGAGGAGCUGGAGAGGCAGAACAAGCAGCUGCGGGCAGAAAUGGACGACCUGGUCAGCUCCAAGGACGACGUCGGCAAGAACGUAAGGGAGCCCGGACACCUGGGUCCACUGGAAGGGAAGAGGGGGUGACAGUAGGGCAGAAAUGUGCCGAGAGGUCUGGCUCUCAUUCUCUGAAGAAGGAGGCAGGAAGUAAAGUUUUUUCAGGCUGCCACUUCCUUUAAAACAAAUUCUUCUCUCCCCACCCCUCCCUUGCAACAGCAAGACCCACAAUUAUUAUUUUAUUUUAAAAAUGGAACCUUCAGAUUUCUAAGACUCCAGCACAGUCACGAGUUUGGGAAACUGCGGCAUAUGGGAUGUCAUGCAAACUUAGGAAUACUUUGAGAGGACGCCAGCCUUUCCACUACAAUCCCCUCGGUGUGAUCACGACACUCCACCCCUUACAUCAGGGGUGUGGGACAUGUGGCCCUCCACAUGUUGGAGGACUCAAACUCUCUUCAGCCCCAGCAAGCAGGGUCAAUAACCAGGGUUGUUGGAAACGGUAGCCCAGCUUCUCUCACCUAGCACCCCACCCCCGCUUCUUCCCAUCAGGUGCAUGAGCUGGAGCGUUCGAAGCGGGCCCUGGAGCAACAGGUGCAGGAAAUGCGAGCCCACCUGGAGGAGCUGGAAGACGAGCUUCAGGCCACGGAGGACGGGAAGCUCCGCCUGGAGGUCAACAUGCAGGCCCUGAAGGCCCAGCACGAGAGGGAGCUGCAGAACCGCGACGAUGCCAACGACGACAAGAAGAAGCUGCUUGGGAAACAGGUGGGGAGGGAGGCUGGGGAGGCUCAGUCCCUGUCAGCCUUUGCCCUGUGUGUCUAGAACAAAAAGUGUCAAGACUAGUGGCAAAAGGGCCCUUAUUUGCAUAAGAGGACCAGUGUGGUGCCACAGUUAGAGGGUGGCAGACUUAGACGGAUGGGUGCAAGUCGUAACCCAAAUGAACUCUCACAAGGUGGUCGUGAGGCUUCAUGGGAGGUGGGUGGGCAAGGUUGGAUUAACCAUGAAGCAAAAGAAGCAUGUGCUUAGGGCAUCAACAGAAGGGGGGCACCACAGAAUUUUUUCCGUUGCCAGAUUUUUAACAUUCAAGGUCAUAAAUCUCUCAGCUGAGUGUUCAUUUUCUCAGUUGAAGUAUGUUAAAAAUCCCAACAGAACAGCGAUGCAACAAUAUGGAUGCCUUAUCUGUGCUAAGCAGAGAUGCAGAUGUUUCUCCUCCUGACGUUUUCUUGCUGCUGCAUCCCCAGGUGCGGGAGUUGGAGGCUGAACUGGACGCAGAGAGGAAGCAACGGGCCCAAGCGCUUGCAGCCCGGAAGAAGCUGGAGCUUGAUCUUCAGGAGGCGCUGGCACAGCUGGAUGCGGCCAACAAGGGACGGGACGAAGCAGGGAAGCAGCUGCGAAAAUUGCAGGUGUGUGUGUGAGAGAGAGAGAGAGAGAGAGAGAGAGAGAGAAGGAAGGAAGGAAGGAAGGAAGGAAGGAAGGAAGGAAGGAAGGGAGACACUGCCUCGUUUUAAUUUUGUAAAAAAAUAUCCUUACUAUAUUUUCAAAACUUAAUAAAAGACAAGCAACAAAAGCAGCUAACAAAUGUUUCUCCACAACCAACCAAUGCAGCCAAAACAAUGCACAUAUAUAAGAAGGUACAUGAAAACUGGUCUGAUAAAUCUCUCCACGGAUAGUAUUACAAAAAUGCAACACCACUAUUGCAUUGUCUCCCGUAUUAGGGUUUUUUGAUUAUUCCAAUCAAUAUUUAUAUCAUAAGGGAGAUGUGAAACUUUUAAAAUAGUAGAUGCUUGUUUAGAGAUAACUAGAUGUUGGCGUUUCACAAUAAGCGUAUCUCUUGAUUCUUGAUACACUUGAUUCUGGACAGUCACUCUGGCAGAAAAACUGAACUGCCAAGUCUGAGCAAAACAAACCCAUUAUCUUUUUAUGUCACUUUUAUAUAUGCGGCAUGAGGGCCAUAUGAGAUACUCCCUGAUUAUAUUAUUUAGACAGUGCCCUCGAUGCGCAAUCUACACGAACGUACAAAGACAUGAUCCUGCUCCAAAGAUCUUUCAGUCUAAAAAUUCAGCACACAGGAGAUGACUGAGAAAGCAGUGGAGGGGGGGAUAAAGAGGGGAAGGCUGUGUGACUUAUUUCAACAAUCCCUCCUUAGGCUUAGCUACAGGUAGGGCAAGGGUAGCCAACAUGGGAGUCCUCUGGAUGUUGUUGGACUUGCAACUCCCAUGAGCUGCCAGUGGGCCAGAGGCAUUGUGGGCACUGUAGUCCAGCUACAACAAGAAGGGUCAUAGCUUCCCCUACAGUAGGGUAUGGGGACUAGGGCAUUGCCAUACAGUCACUUGCCUGGGAGGGUGUGUGUGUGUGUGUGUGUGUGUGUGUGUGUGUGUGUGUGUAAUUCCUCAGCCUCCCUUAUGUUCUUGGCCUAAGGAGUCAAGCUUUUGCUGUUUUUUAAGCAUCUUUUCCCUCCCAAUUCCAGGCCCAGAUGAAGGAGCUCUGGCGGGAAGUGGAGGAAGCCCGUGCAGCCCGCGAAGAGAUCUUCAUUCAGUCCCGCGAGAGCGAGAAGAAGCUGAAGAAUCUGGAGGCAGAGUUGCUGCAGCUGCAGGAGGUGAGGGGUGAAGCUCCAUGGAGCCUCCUGAAGGAACUGGAGAGGCAGCGGUGGCUGGUGGCGGGCAGAUCAAUUGUGGACACCCUUCCAUUUUGCUGCCAGCUUCAGCCCAUCUUGAGCCAGUGGAGUGGAGUCCCCAAGGCAGUUGGAUCACGCCUUGCAAUCCUCCUUCUGGCAACUCCAUAGCCAACCCAGUGCCAAACAUAUUGCUUUGCUUUCCUUUGGACCACAUCAAUGGGACUGGGGGGUGGGGCUUGUCAACCUCCAUAUACAAUGCCUAGGCUUGCCGUCCUGCAAAUGCGGCAAAAACAAUGUGGGAGGCAGCAGUUAGGAGUUAGAUGGGCGUAAGGAGAGAUCAUUGUGUCUCACUGGUCAGCUACUGCCCGCUUUAAGCCAGGCAAACCCCGGUCAAUAAACUGCUGACCCGCCAAUGUCCGCCUGCUUCAAUGGGGUUUGGACAAGCACUCAGCAAGCAGGCCGAACUUCUGCUCCAAGUCGAUAGGUCUCUACAGCCACAGCUGUAGUUUGACUUCAGCCAACAGGUUGACCCCCAAAAGUGCACUCCUUCAUUGUCUCCCGAGACGGACGGAUGCUAACCAAACCAAUGUAGUAGACAGGGGGUUGAAAGUAGGACACCUGAGACCUGGAUUCAAAUCCUCCCCAGCCAUGUAGCUCACUGAAUGACAUUGGGCAAGUCAUCUCUCUUGUCAAUGUGACCUACAUCACAUCUCUCUCAUAUGCACACAUUUAUAGUUGCAAGGGCUCUUAAACUGAUAAAAGUGCCAGGAGUGUCAGCACAGAAUGGCUGCCAUUCCUCUGUACCAGUGAGAACAUACGAGUAUGUGUGUCUUUCUAUAUAGAUCUAUUCCACACACACACACAGCUUGAGCCUAUUCUAGGCGAAUGGGAAUAAUAAUAAUUAUAAUAAUAAUUUAUUAUUUAUACCCCGCCCAUCUGGCUGGGUUUCCCCAGCCACUCUGGGCGGCUUCCAACAAAAUAUUAAAAUACAAUAGUGUGUCAAACAUUAAGAGCUUCCUUAAACAGGGCUGCCUUCAGAUGUCUUCUAAAAGUAUGAAAUGCUGCUGCUGUUUUUUAAUCAGUGGAUAAUGGGAAGGAUACCCUCUUUCCUGUUUUGACCUGUUCCUCCCUAUCGCCAUCCAGCCUGCCUUCUGCUGACCUUUUCCCAUCACUUGCAGGAACUGGCAGCGUCAGAGCGAGCCAAGAGGCAGGCACAACAGGAGCGGGACGACCUGGCGGAUGAGCUGGCCAAUGGGAACAGUGGCAAGUGAGUGGGGAAGCCCAUUUCCCAUGCUCCUUUGAUUCCAUUGAGCAUGCACAACGGAUGACGUUGUUUUGUGUGAAUGGAGUUUUUUUGCCCAAGGGACUGCUUAGUUAAGGCACUUAAUCUGCUCAGCAAGCAGCCAGUGUGAACACAAAAUGGUUAGCUUUCGAACGUUGCUCUAGGGGUAAUUAAUCUGGAUCAGGGUUGCCUCUUCUAGGCUUGCCUUUUAAUCUGGAAUUGGCAUGGUUUGUUCAUUCGCUUUGUACAGAGAAUCCAGAUGACAUGUUUUUUUUUUGGGGGGGUGGUCUGUGUUGUACUUAUGUCCUUUAUUUUCAGACGUGACCUGUUGUGGGUUUUUUAAACGUUAAAAUGCAGUGGUAGCGGCACGUCCAGUGUAGAUAAGCAAAAUAUUACUGAGGUUUUCCAGGGCUAGUGUGCCAAAGCUGCCGUUCAAGAAGGGACCUCAAUAAGCAGGUUCCCCUUUUUUCCGUUUUUAAGUAAAACAGCACUGUUUUUUAUAAAAUGGAGGCGGAGAGCAAGGAGCGGACAUUAGUUAUUGAAGACUUCCCCCCUGCCCAGAGGAAGGAACUGACUAAGAAUCAAUUAAGGGGUUGUUCAUCAGGUAACGCUGCUGCCGCCAUGUUGAACAGGAAGUGAUUAGAGGCUGAAGCCCAUUUUAAUUUUGCUUCCACCCGAUUGCAGAAAAGCAGUAUCUCAGUGGCGCUAAAGGCUCUAGCCUAAAUGGUGGGGUGUUCCUUGGGUGGGCUUCCUCCAGAGAUUUUUCUCUGAUCAACUGCUGUACCACGGCCCUCACCCCCAAAAUUACGCCCCCUCAGGUCUGCUCUCAUGGAUGAAAAGCGCCACCUCGAGGCCAGGAUCGGUCAGCUGGAGGAAGAGCUGGAUGAGGAGCAGAGCAAUAUGGAGCUCAUGAACGACCGAUACCGCAAGCUCAGCAUGCAGGUGAGCAGGUUCCCCCACCCUCUUCGGAGCAGGCCCUCUUAUGGCAUGCGCUCCCUGGCCCUGUGGCUCUGAAACUGCCUCCUGACACACACACACCCCAUCUCCCGUGUCCUCUCUGCAGGUGGAAACGCUCACCACAGAGCUGGCAGCGGAGCGCAGCUUCUCGCAGAAGGCCGAGAACGCCCGGCAGCAGCUGGAGCGCCAGAACAAAGACCUGAGGGCCAAGCUGGGAGAGAUGGACUCCUCUGUCAAGUCAAAGUACAAGAUGGCCAUCGCAACCCUGGAGUCCAAGGUGGCCCAGUUGGAGGAGCAGUUGGAGCAGGAGUCCAGGUAGAGCCCUGGGAUCCAAGGUGGCAAAUCCACCCCCACAAACACCCCCACACCCAGUGCUUUGAGCUGGCGUGGGACUGAGUGGUUAGAGCGCUGGACAUAGUGCAAAAUGAGACAAGGAGCCUGUACGCUCCCCGCCCCUUAUGACAAACAGCUUUAGAUUGGACGUAUUUAUUGUUUAUUUAUUUUUUACAUUUAUAUACCACCUUUAUAUUCACUCCAGGGACGCGGGUGGCGCUAUGGGUUAAACCACAGAGCCUAGGGCUUGCUGAUCAGAAGGUCAGCGGUUCGAAUCCUUGUGACAGGGUGAGCUCCCGUUGCUCGGUCCCUGCUCCUGGCCAACCUAGCAGCUCAAAAGCACGUCAAAGUGCAAGUAGAUAAAUAGGUACCGCUCCGGCAGGAAGGUAAACGGCGUUUCCGUGCGCUGCUCUGGUUUGCCAGAAGCGGCUUAGUCAUGCUGGCCACAUGACCCGGAAGCUGUACACUGGCUCCCUCGGCCAAUAAAGCGAGAUGAGCGCCGCAACCCCAGAGUCGGUCACGACUGGACCUAAUGGUCAGGGGUCCCUUUACCUUUUUAUAUACUCUCCAGGUGGUUACAUGGUUCUCCCCUCCUCAUUUCAUCCCCACAACCACCCUGUGGGGUGGGUUAGCUUAAGGGUUAGCGGGCUUCAUGGCAGAUUCAAACCCUGGUCUCCCAGGUCCUAGUCCAGUACUCUUUUAACUGUUACACCAGACACUAAAUAGAUUUAGGCUGGUUAAUUAGCACGAAAGGGGGUUGUCAGGGAACUGCCAUCAGUGCCGGAGGGAGAGAGCAAAAUCCAGAGGGAUUCCAGAGAGCAUCCAGGGAUUGGGAGAAGCAGCCCAUCUUCUGGGGAAGAGAAUCAGCGUAGCACCAGUGGAGAAGGGGGGCAGAUGGGCGAAGCGGCGAGGCGGUCCCAUGACUCCUUGCCUGGGACCAGCGGGGAGAGUAGGGGUCCUCCGUUGCCCACGCCCUCCUUGCGCAGAAGGCUUUCGCGCAGAGAGAGUAGGAGGAGACUAGGCGUCAAAGAGCUUCUUUGCUGGAAGAAGUUUAAGAAACGCCCACUGACGGAUUCUGCCAGCGAUUGAGACAGCCACGGAUGAGUGGCUGUCCGGACAGAAAAGGUUCACUCAGGCAACCCAGCCAGGUGUUUGCACUGGCUUACGCACGAGCAACCCCUAGAACCAUUACAGGGGUGUUUUAAACUCCCCCUUUGUUCAGCACCACUCUCCUGCGGUCCCAUUGAAUGACAAACAAGACACAAAAAAUGAGUGGGAGAUCUCCUGGUGUCUCUUCUAACAUGGCCUGCAUUGAUGUGUCCCGGGUUCAAAUCUCCGCCCGACUGCAAAGCUUGCCAGGUCAGCUAAUGUGACUCGGCUUAAUCUCCCUCAAGGGUUGCUGUAAGGAUAAGGUUGGGGGAACACCACAUAUAACACCACCUUGACCUCUUUGGAAGAAGGAUGGAAUAAAAGUGUAGUGUUAAUACACACACGAAAUAUAUCGUGCAUAUAUACUGCUCUCACAUGGGCUCCCAGUAUUCUCCCACCUAGUUUACUGAAUAAAAUUUCACCUUGCUUAUUUCUAGGGGUGGGGCAACAUCAGAGGUUCCCAGGCCAUUAAUUAGGGCUCUCUUCCACAUUUUCCGUUUUUUAAAAAAAAUUAAAUUCUCUGAUUUGCACAAACUGCAUAUCUUUCUCUGUCUUGCUAGCUAUGUUGCAGGGAGAGCUAUGGGGAAAACUCUUAUAGUGAAGACUAGGACCAUGAGUGAAUUUGCAGCGGGAAUGGACAAAUAAACAUUAAGAAUUAAUUUCUUCAGAAUAGAGGUGGCCACUUUAAGCAUGCUUAUCAAAAAGUAUGAGCAGACGUUGGCAUGUAGAACAGCCCUAAGGAAAAUGUUGUCAUGUCUAAUUUCCCCAGGAAUGGAUACAGCUGGAAAAAUAUACCUAACCUAUAUAAAGGCACCCCAGCUUCCCCCUAAGCAAUGGUGGGUCCAGGAACAUCCCCAGACUAAAUAAUAACUCCCACCCACAGCCAACCUGAUUUCUUCCUAUAUUUUCUGUUUUUUUAGGGAGAGGAUUCUAUCAGGGAAACUUGUGCGGAGGGCAGAGAAGAAACUCAAGGAGGUGAUUCUGCAAGUGGAUGAAGAGAGGAGGAACGCAGAUCAGUACAAAGAUCAGGUAUGGCCAAGACGUCUGUGUUCCCCACCCACCCCUCAUUUUCAGCCCUGGGGCGUAUUUUCAGUGCUUGGGACUCAUCUAUCAGAAAUGUUGAAGAGAUAGUCAACAAAACCUCUGAGCAUGUGCAAAACACCUUCCCUCACCAUUUAUAAGUUUCCCAGGGCAAGGCUUUCAGCUUCAGGGCACGCUUUAACCCUGCCAUCUUUUUCCUUUAUGCUAGAUUUUCAGGCUGCUCUGCACGGACCUAUUUUACAGAUGCAUACUGUUUUAUUUAUCUUUUUAGCCUUUGUUUUUCUUACUUUUUUUUUAAUCUCCCUUCCUUUGAAGGCAAAAAAAAAUAGUUCCCUAAAAAUAAACAAAUAUUUAGAAAUUAAGCAGCCACACAGUAUUUAAAACACUUCCCCCCACGUCCUGCAUCUUGACCUCAGCGACUUCGUUUCCUUAAGUCAUAAAAACGGGCAGGUGAAAUGGUGGCUCAGUAGCCAUAUUGAACUUAACGCACGUCGAGCUGCCUGGAAGAUUUGCAUGCCUUGGGGAUCCAGUUUUCUGCUCACCUUAGACCUCUUUCUCUCUCUCCCUCUCUGUUUUCUGGCAGGUCGAAAAGAGCCACCUGCGGCUAAAACAACUCAAGCGGCAGCUCGAAGAAGCGGAAGAGGAGGCCUCUCGGGCCAACGCCAGCCGCCGCCGCAUGCAGCGCGAACUCGAGGACGUCACCGAGUCAGCAGAGUCCAUGAAUCGCGAGGUGACCAGCCUGCGGAAUCGUCUCAGGUGAGCAGGGUUAUUAUGGAUGAGCGGGGGCUUGGCCUGGGUGGGAUCUGGGUGCAGGACGCUUCUUCAAGAUUCAGACCCUCUGCCAUAUGCCUUGUGACUAGUUCCUAGCCCUAGUAACAGAGGAAGCCUUAGACCGAUGGCCCAUCUUGCUCAUCAUUGCCUUCACUGUUGGCUGUGCCUCUCCAGGUUUUCAGGCCAUUAGGAUGUCCGGGAUUGAAUUUGAGACCUUCUGCCUGCAAGGCAAAUGCUCUGAUCCCAAUAUAGGGCCCUUGACACAGCUAGUUGAGAGUAGAUUGCCCUGCCUUGUAUGUCCCCCAUGUCUUCCUGUCCCCACAGGCCCUUAGAUGCUCCCCUUUUUGUCUCUUUUUCUUUUGCUGUUCUCAUAACUCCAUAAGCCCUAGACCUGUAUUAAACAUGAUGCUCAAUAUGCUACAGAAUAUAGCUUCAGGUAGGGCUGCCGCAUUUCAGAAAGUGAAAUUUGCCCCAAAAACUACACUACUGACACAGGCUACCAUAUGUCCGGAUUUUCCCCAAACAUUUCAGCAAUUUCCGCCCGGAUGCUGUUUGCGAGGGCUGAAUACCGGCUAUGCCUGGGAAAUUCCAGACGUAUGGCAGCCCUGGCUUCCAGUAAAUGUUUAUCACAGUCAUGACCACAGAGAGACAAAAUGGCUAGAGCAGCACUCACACAGCCUGGGAAAAUGAGAAGCUGCUGUUGGCCAAGGUUGUCUCUGUGGGGUUGCCCAGUGCAUCGUUCCACCCCUUGGCAGCUCAGCAUAGGUUGCCUUGGAAAUUAGAGGAGGAAACUGAUGCAGAAAGUCUCCCCUACACGCCCACACAAAACGGAUCCACACUGGAUAACUAGAACCUUUAGAAUACGCCUGCACUAGAAAAACAUGCAGUUAUUUUAAACGGUUCCGGCCCGACUUGCUCCACUCCGCAGGCAGGCUCUUCUGCUGCUCCCUGGCACAAGAGGUGGGGAACUGGAGCCAGACAGUGGCCUGGAUCUUUGAUUUCCUGUAGGCCAGAUUUUAUACUUGUUUUAAAUAAUGUUAAAUCAAUUAGGUGAAAUCCUUUUUCUGCUUUGCAGAGACAGCCCAGGUUUUAGUACCACCUCUCUUCCACGGGGGCGGGCGGGGGGAUGACGACGACUCAGAACCCUAUUUCAAGGCAGCGGUAGAUAGAGAACCUGGAAGCUACUGUUUUGAAGCCUUCGCUCCCCAAUAUCUCUGAGGAUUUUCAGCCCCCUCGUAACAGUUCUGUUUCCAAGCACAAAUCCCAAUUAGCCCCCGGUUCUUCAGCCCGGGAACCUAGGGAACCCAACUCGCUUCCCCAUCCUGUUUAUACUUUUUUCUGACUUUCCCGUCUCUUUCCAUGUGGAGUUCUUUCCAGAUCAUCCGUUCAUGCUUGCACCUCUCUCUCUCUCUCUUUUUCUUUGUCUCUGUUUACAUCCCAUCUUUUUCUCGGCCCAACAGCAAGUUAGAACGCCGGCAGCGGAAGUACGUUCUCACUCCCCUGUUGUUCUGCAUGUGUGUGCUGUGCAGUUUCGGAGUGUGUGUGUGUGUCCACGCACGUGCAGUUGCCGCACAGAAGCUCCUGGCUUCCCCCCUCCUGUUUAAGGGCUGGAACAGAUUUGUCAUGGGAGAUCCGCAUUCUGAUUUCCUCCCUUCCGCUGUGCACACACCACGUGACUCUCCCCCUCCAAAGAAUCCUGGGAACUGUAGGGUUUUUUUAAAAAGGACUGCUGGGAAUUGUAGCUCGUCUGAGAGCAAACUAGAGUUCCCAGGAUUCGUUGUGGGGGAGCAAUGUGCUUUAAAUGUGCAGUGUGCACCCUACUCUUGACAUUCUGACCACUACACUGUGAUUUUUGUGUGUGAUGUGGCCGUAACUGCCUUUUUGCCCAUCCCUCCAGCAAUACUUAAUAGCAUGUUGUGAGCGGGGGGGUGGGGGGUGGAGAGAGCUGAGCACCAGCUCUUUAAUUGUUGGGAGAUCUGACCCUGGAUCUCACCCUGCCAUGCCUGUUUCUGCCCUGAUGGCUGCUAUAGAGAGGAGAGCAGGAGUGCUUGCUGACAUCCCUGGCAACUGUUGACUCUCAGUUAAGGGAGCGCUUUUAGCUGGAGUGGGUGUGGGCAGGGGAGUGCUUCUACUGUGAAGGCGCUUGCUAUGGACGUGAGCUUCCAGCUGCCCCCGUCCCAGGAAGAGGGGACAGGAAAAAGCCCCCAGUAAAGCUGGUGCUUCUCUCUUCUCUGUAGACAAGGUGUGCUUGUUGUAACCUCAGUAGGCUCACUUUUUCUAUCCAAAGAGAUUCCAGCUACCCAGUGUGAUGUAGGUGAGAGAGAGCAGACCCUGUGGGCGCUUUCUCCCCAAGCAGUAGCUGCUUCUCUCUUGGCAAUUGUACCAUCAUCCACAUUAUUUCCAAACUGAAAGAGGCAAAACGAAAGUGGAGGGGGAGAAUCCAGAAUUAGACGGUCCAUUUAGAAAUGCCACAGAUGGUUUGGAGAAGGCGGGAACUUAGGGUUGCCCUUGCAGUGAUGUCCCGGGCGGCAUUUAGCAGGUGAGGCUGAUGCCAGUAUAUAAUUCAGAAAGCCUCUUGGCAGAAUGCAAAGCACAGUUGCGCUUGCCCAAAAGGGAAGUACCACAGUUUCUUAGCAAGGAUGCUCUGGGGAUGCGGGCAGUGGUGAAACGGAUGCCCUGUCCCUUGCAUCUCUGUGGUGCAAGCUCAGCAUGGACCGUUCUGAGAGGCAGCUUUGGCACAGAUUUCAGCGGGGCAAUUGGGGCGGCAUCGGGAGUGAGUGCACUAGGCAAGGAGCUUGCCACUUCUGCAGGCUCCAGCAAAAUAAACAAGGGUCAGAAGAGGCUUCCGGUUGCUGGAAGGCCACUGUGCAGUGUGGCUGUAGAAAUGUUUGCUGGAGGGAGAUGCUUGAGUUGCGCCAGAACAGGAAUAGGGGGCAGUGGCCCUCCUGAUGUUGUUUGGGCUGCAGCUCCCAUCAUCCCUGACUAUUGGCCAUGCCAGCUGGGCCUGGUGGUGCUUGGCAGCCCAAUAACACCUCCCAAUGCCUGCGCUAGGGGCAUUUGCCAAUCCCAGCUUAGGGAGUCGAGUACCUGGGAGCAUGGCUAGCUUUUGUGGGGUGGGAGUUGAUACUCAAAUGUCCGCUGCGGUGCCAAUACAGAUUCCGUUUUCCCUCUUCAUUGCAGGCGCACCCCCCUGAGCUUCACCACCCGAACUGUGCGGCAGGUGUUCCGCCUCGACGGCGUCUCAGACGAGGAGACCGAAGACCCGGAGAGCGACUCUCCGUCUGCAAACCACCAGCCUCCUACGCCCCUGACGCCCUCUCAGGGGCAGCAGCCGGCCCCCCCUGCGGAGCCAGCCCAGACUGAAUGA